CACCCACCCUGGGAGCCCAGCGCCUGGUUUGUGCUGAGAUGAGAGCGGCCGGGGGGCAGCAUGGAGGACACAGGUCAGAGGGGGCACCCUGCAUGUGGGAAUGGGCGUAUUCAUGGCUCUAUAUCAGACAGCUAGUAUGGGGGGAGCUGGCAUAGAGAUAGCUGGCACUGGGAGGGGACUGGCACAGACUGGGCAAUGGGAGACAGGCUGUGAGACUGGCAUAGACUGGGCAAUGGGAGACAGGCUGUGAGACUGGCACAGACUGGGCAAUGGGAGACAGGCUGUGAGACUGGCAUAGACUGGGCAAUGGGGGACAGGCUGUGAGACUGGCACAGAAUGGGCAAUGGGAGUCAGGCUGUGAGACUGGCAUAGACUGGGCAAUGGGGGACAGGCUGUGAGACUGGCACAGAAUGGGCAAUGGGAGUCAGGCUGUGAGACUGGCACAGAAUGGGCAAUGGGAGACAGGCUGUGAGACUGGCACAGAAUGGGCAAUGGGAGACAGGCUGUGAGACUGGCACAGAAUGGGCAAUGGGAGACAGGCUGUGAGACUGGCACACACUGGGCAAUGGGAGUCAGGCUGUGAGACUGGCACAGACUGGGCAAUGGGAGACAGGCUGUGAGACUGGCAUAGAAUGGGCAAUGGGAGUCAGGCUGUGAGACUGGCACAGACUGGGCAAUGGGAGACAGGCUGUGAGACUGGGCAGUGGGAGUCAGGCUGUGAGACUGGCACAGACCUUGGAAAUGGGAGACAGGCUGUGAGACUGGCACAGAAUGGGCAAUGGGAGUCAGACCGUGAGAUGGGUACUGGCAUAUACUGGGCAAUGGGAGACAGGCUGUGAGAUGGAGACUGGCACAGACUGGGGAAUGGGCAAUGUGAGUCAGGAAUGUGAGAUGGGGACUGGCACAGGCUGGGCAAUGGGAGACAGGCUGUGAGAUGGAGACUGGGGAAUGGGAGUCCGGCUGUGAGAUGGAGAUUGGCAUAGACUGGGCAAUGGGAGUCAGGCUGUGAGAUGGGGACUGGCAUAGACUGGGCAAUAGGAGACAGGCUGUGAGAUAUAGACUGGCACAGAAUGCGUAAUGGGAGACAAGCUGGGAGACUGGCACAGACUGGGUAAUGGGAGACAUGCUGUGAGAUGGAAACUGGCACAGAAUGGGCAAUGGGAGACAGGCUGUGAUAUGGAGACUGGCACAGACUGGGCAAUGGAAGACAGGCUGUGAGAUGGAGACUGGCACAGACGGGCAAUGGAAGACAGGCUGUGAGACUGGCACAGAAUGGGCAAUGGGAGUCAAGCUGUGAGAUGGGUACUGGUCAAUGGGAGUCAGGCUGUGAGAUGGAGACUGACAUAGAUUGGGGAGUAGGAGACAGGCUGUGAGAUGGAGACUGGCAUAGAAUGGGCAGUAGGAGACAGGCUGUGAGAUGGGGACUGACAGGCGUCCUUGCAUAGAAUGGGCCUGGCCUUGAGAGGCAUCUCUGAGCGCUGCCUGUCCCUGAGAGGCGUCUCUGAGCACUAAUAAAUUCAGCACUGGUACCUGGCGUUCAGUGGGCGGACUAGAUGCCAGGAAUGGAGACAGAUAGGCAGAGACCAUUGUCCAUUCAACCAGCGCAGAUUAUAGUGAGGAUAUUGCUUUAUUUCCUGUUCAGAAUGUGUUAAAAGAUUGUCAGAAAAGCUGGGCACUCUGUCAUCCAUUCUGAGUAUUAACAGGGUUUCUAGUGACCUGUCAGGUGGCAGGGUGCGCCAAGCCCACUGUACAGGUGGUUAAGCUCAUUAUUGGGUUGUAGAUCAUGUGGGUAGAAAAUUACUUAGUGCUUGUCCUACGUCUGUCUUUGCCCAAACAAGGGACAGCUGACUGCGAUCUAACAUUGAUAAUUUGCUGCACAACAUGUUAUUCUAGGUGAUCCUAUGGAAAGGGGGUUCUUUAACCCCUUAAGGACACAUGACAUGUGUGACAUGUCAUGAUUCCCUUUUAUUCCAGAAGUUUGGUCCUUAAGGGGUUAAAUGGGUAUUCUUCCAUGUUAGAAAUGAGAAAAGCAGGCAGCGGUCUCAAAAUAUACUUUCGCUAAUAAUUAUAAACAUACACAAUCUCAUGGAGAGGUAAUAAUGUGUGUGUCAGGAAGGGGUUAAGAAGCCUUAUUUACUUGGCAACAAACAUUUAUUUUUCAUUGCUUUUGGCAUGGUGACAUAUGGCUUCCUUAGAAUUAUUCUAGCCUUGGGAAAAUGAGGAAAUUCCAUUUUAUUUAAAGACAGUUCUUCCUUUCCAGUAAUCACUAUAAUUCUCCACUCUGUCAUGUCCAGGGCGAUGACGUCUGCUGAUAAACACCAUAUUAGAGAACGUGGAGUCUGAAUACCAUCUAUAGCUCUGCGUUCACCCUCACUGCGCCGUUAUCGCCAUGGAUUUAAAACAAACUGUCAUAGUGUGCUCAGGACUAGGACAGCCAAGAAUUAAAAGUAAAUAAAUGACUAGCCAAUACUAACUUGUGUCGGGGAAUAAUAUCAGAAGUGACCGUUUUAAAGAGCCAGUUGUUUAAAGGAGCACUAUAGGGUCAGGAACACUGGCCCCCUCUUGCCUCCAUAAAUAUAGUAAAAUCUUACUUGUAUUCAGGCCUGAAGCUGCUGGCUCUGCCUCAGACCUGUGAGCUGUCUGCUGAUAUCAUCAGAAAUGUUAUUCUGAGCCAAUCGUAAUGCUUCUCUAUAGGAUUGGCUGCACAAUUCAAACACAGCCCUGGCCAAUCAGCAUCUCCUCAUAGAGAUGAAUUGAAUCAAUGUAUCUCUAUGAGGAAAGCUCAGUGUCUGCAUGCAGAGGGAGGAAAUACUGAAUGUUGUGAUGCACACAAGGCAAGACUGAAAUAGGAAGCGGCUCUAGCAGCCAUCUGAGGAGUGGCCACUGAAGUUAUCACUAGGCUGUAAUGUAAACACUGCAUUUUCUACGAAAAGACAGUGUUUACAGCAAAAAGUCUGAAGGUAAUGAUUCAACUCACCAGAACAAAUUAAAUAGGCUGUAGUUGUUCUGGUGACUAUAGUGUCCAUUUAAUACAAGAGUAACCAGGACAAAGCAGUCAAUAUGUAUCAAAGUGUCAUAUUCCACAAUGAAAGCUUCAGAGAUCCUUUAAUUUAACAACAAACUACCUUCUAAAAUGUGUGCCCCCUGUAGAUGUUUUCGGAUAGAUUGGGGAGUGUGCCUCUGCCUUGGGGCGCUGAAAGAAGUUGUCUACGAUUUUAUAAUUCUAAAAGAUGUUUUAGUAUCACGUUUCUCACAUAUUUUUGUUGUUGUUUAUUUAGAUUUCUAUAGAUGUAUAUAAUUGUUGAAUUUCUACUUUUUAUAUAAAAAUAGUUAAACUUAUAAUAAUGCUGACUUUUGGAGCAUGUUUGCUAUCUGGCUGUUCUAAAAAUGUUAAUUCAUUUUGAAUUCCUGACAAUUCUCACUUGAACGAAUAACGCCGACAUUAUUUUAUAAACCAGACGUACAUGUGGUCCCAAAAAUCAGCAAUGUUACUUUACACGGGUUCAGUUAAUAUAUGAAUCUUGCUUAAAUUACUCAGAUUUGGGAUAACACUGUUGUUUCACAGAUAUAAAGAAAAAUCCUGCCUUGUGACAAAUCACAUGGUCUCAAAAAACAUGGCCGCAGGGCACCGUGCGAGCUUAAAGACUGUUCGUAUUCAAUAUAUUCAUCUAAUAAAUGCACAAUGAGGCCUUUUACUCAGAGUGUCUGCACCGAGCACGUGAUUUCACUUUUACACACUAUUUUGCAGAACGUAACAAACAAAUUGCAAUGUUUUGAGGAAGUAAAUCUUCCCAGUCACAGGGUUUGUCAGCACUCUUGUUUAAUUUCUAUUACAAAAAGCCGGAAUGUACAGGAAAGACACAAACAUAAUUCUUGGUAAUAGUAGAUUGUAGUUUGCAGUCUGUCACUUUGAGAUCUUAGAUCUGAGAUCGCAUCACAUUGAGAAGUGUUGCCAUUGUAAUUAACCGUAACAUCCAUUAGGAAACUCCACUGUGUUGCAAGAAUCAUUUAUUGUAAGUGUGACCUACAGUUGGGGUCAAGUGUGAACAUGUCCUUAGAACAUGCAUUGCUGAGUCUUCCAUGUUUAAAAUGGCAGCUUAGGGCGCUGAGUUCACCAUGCCUUGCUGAGGCCUCCAUGUUUAUAAUGGCAGCUCAGGGCGCGGAGUUCACCAUGCCUUGCUGAGGCCUCCAUGUUUAUAAUGGCAGCUCAGGGCGCGGAGUUCACCAUGCCUUGCUGAUGCCUCCAUGUUUAUAAUGGCAGCUCAGGGCGCGUAGUUCACCAUGACUUGCUGAGGCCUCCAUGUUUAUAAUGGCAGCUCAGGGCGCUGAGUUCAACAUGCCUUGCUGAGUCUUCCAUAUUUAAAAUGGCAGCUCAGGGCGCUGAGUUCACCAUGACUUGCUGAGGCCUCCAUGUUUAUAAUGGCAGCUCAGGGCGCGGAGUUCACCAUGCCUUGCUGGGUCUUCCAUGUUUAAAAUGGCAGCUCAGGGCGCUGAGUUCAACAUGCCUUGCUGAGUCUUCAUGUUUAAAAUGGCAGCUCAGGGCGCUGAGUUCAACAUGCCUUGCUGGGUCUUCCAUAUUUAAAAUGGCAGCUCAGGGCACGGAGUUCACCAUGCCUUGCUGAGUCUUCAUGUUUAAAAUGGCAGCUCAGGGCGCGGAGUUCACCAUGCCUUGCUGGGUCUUCCAUAUUUAAAAUGGCAGCACAGGGCGCUGAGUUCAACAUGCCUUGCUGGGUCUUCCAUAUUUAAAAUGGCAGCUCAGGGUGCUGAGUUCACGGUUAACCCUGCAGAGGGUUCUGCUGCAGAGUACAGCUGUCUGUUCCCAUUGUGCAGUUACAAUGUUUAUUAUUUUUUUCUUUAUUAAUAAUUAUCAGAGGGGUUCGGUUGAAGAUAACGUGGUACUGCUGCACGCAUGACAUCAGUGUGUUACAGCAUGCGAGUCGGGAAGUAGCAUUUUCUGCUCUUAUAACCAGAGAGCUAAGGGGCAUGGCUUCAAGCUGUGCUUCCAAGCCUUCUUUUUAGUUUAAUAUUGGGUUUGGGUGGGUAGGACACAGUGGCUAUAACUGAAAGCACGAUAACAACUUCAAUAAGGUGAAUUUGUGUAAGUUCCGUUAACACCUGGACACUUUGCUGUGAUGUGCUUAUUGUCCACAUGGGGGCAGACUACACAUUUCAAAUAUCACACCUGAUACUUAGCCAGUGUUGCCAAAUCCACCUUAUGUUGUUGGAAUGGUAUUAAUUCGUGCUGAUGGGAAGGACUUGAAAUGUGUUGCCUUGCUGUAUGUAGAAUUCACAUGCUGGAGUCUUCCUUGUUGACUAUUGAAUUGAUUUAAACCAGGGGUGCCCAAAAGGUAGAACCCAAAAUGUUGUAGAACUACAGCUCCCAUGGUGCUUUGUCACACUAAAGCAUUUUAAAGGCAUGCAGCUUUGCUAUUAGAAAUGAUGAGAAGGUGAUUGGCUUUCAGGUCUUAUCUACUUCCCAGUGUGAGCAGACUCGCUGCAGAAACUCGGAGGGCCUUCAAAACCGAAUAUCUUUUAUCUUCUAUGUCAUUUGUUUUCAUUUUUGAAUAUUUUAGAUAUGUCUGCUAUCCCUUUAAGAGCUGAGUGAGUACUAGUUUUUGUUACAUUGAUUCCCCAUGUUCUAGCAGUGUUUGUUCUGGAGAAUAAAGGGUGAUCCGUAUAAUAACCGCAGCCGGCUUUGGGCUAUUGGUUGCCCGAAGCUUCUAGCUGAGAUCCUGCUGCUAAGAUCACCUGCUCACUGUUGGGUUCAUUUAGAAUUGUAAUUCAAUAUGUGAUUUAAUUCAGGGCCUUCCUGAAUGUCAGGCUGGCUGAGUACACCUAUAACAAUGGGCGUCUGUCACUGAGCCAAGUUCUCCCACAGCCUUGGCUAUAAUUCACAUUGAUUCGCAGGUAUUCGGGUCAUAAGUUUCCUGCGUCCUUCUGCUAUCAUUUUAGAAUCUGAUUUUACUUCUCAUAUAUUUUUAGUUUGUUUUGUGUAUUUUUUCUUAAUUUUGUUGCCAUUGUAUAACCUUUUAUAGUGCCAUGACAAUGCGUUGAAGAGGCACCCUGCAUUGGUUGUAAAAUCCAGUAAGACUGGUUUAACUGCGGAAGCCAGAUCUCACUAUCUGAGCACUGGAUCAGCCACAUGUUCUGUGAAGUGAUAAUGGGAUUGUUUAAACUUUGCUUUUAGCUUUGUUACAUCCUGCUUCUUGUAAAUCUAAUAUUGUUCAGUAGUGAAACGAUAUUACUGAUAUUUGCUGCUGUUUCACUUGCCUUAGUGAAGUCCAUUUAUAUCAUAAUAGUAGCUAAAAAUAUUGGCUUAAAAUAUUAGAUUGUCACCACAGUGGAAUUUAAAGGGAUACUUGAGGUACCAUAGCCACUACAGUAGCCAAUGAGCUAAGCCAGGGUUCCUAAAUGGUAGAUCCCCAGAUAUUUUAAAACUACAGCUUCCAUAAUGCUUUGUGCUUCUAAAGGCAUACAAAGCAUCAUGGGGGUUGCAGUUCUAUAACAUCUGGAGAUCUACCUUUUGAGCACCCCUGAGCUAAGCACUAAAAUGCCAGAAUUGGUAAAUAGGAGGCAGCUUGUGGUGCAAGGUAAGAAGCCAACCCCCUGCUAGUCUCGCUUUGAUAAUAAAGAUUUGGAUAUAUUCAUAGGGAUCUUUUUGUCACGUGUGAUGCUUGGAAUUUGGACCUGUAGCCACCUCUCGUUAUCCUUUGUUUUGUGUUACCUGUUCCAGCUGUUUAAGUUGCUCUCGUUAUUUCUGGUCCUUUCCAGAAGGGAAAUUCCUGAUUUGUGUCACAUCCUAUAAAAAAAGUUGCCAAAAACCUGCAGUGGUUAUGGUGUCCAUUGAAGCCAAACGAUUUUCCCCCACUAAAAUAGGAAAAGUAGCGAAGGUGGGAAAUUUACCCGAGAUGAAGACCUUUUCAGAUUUAGCUAUCGCUGUGCUGUCUCAAGGACAUUUCCUUGAGGUUCCCGAAUGGGAGACAAUCGGGAACAAAAUUGUGGUAUGAUGACGGAGUUGGAAAGAAGCCGAAUUUGUAUUUUUUUUUUUUUUUUUUGCUUCAGUUCAGAUAUCUACUACAGAUCUGUAUCUAAAUAACCUUGGCAGCCUGCCCCCUGCUAUGAUACAAACACAUUCCUGACUCUGUAGUGUUAAAAUCACCAUUUAGCUCACCCCCCACCCCAUACCACACUAAAUAUUGUAAAAUCUUACUUGUAUUCCAGUCUGCUUCUGGCUCUGCCCCUGUUCUGCCUGCUUGGCUGACAUCAUCAGAAGUCGUAGUCUGAGCCAAUCACAGAUCUUCCCCAUAGGAUUGGCUGGGGAUCAGGGGCAGAACCAGCACAAGUCAAACACAGCCCUGGCCAAUCAGCCUCUCCUUAUAGAGCUAUAUUGAAUCCGUGCAUCUCUAUGAGGAAAGUUCAGUGACUCCAUGCAGGGUGUGCAGCACUACCCCGGGAAGUACCUCUAGCAGCCAUCUGAGGAGUGGCCAGUGGAGGUGUCCCUAGGCUGUAAUGUAAACACUCAUACACACUGCACAUUACUGUGUGUUAUUCCUGGGGAGCUCUGUGAUACACUCGUACACACUGCACAUUACUGUGAUGUUUAUUGGAUUGGAGCUCUGUGAUACACUCAUACACAUUGUACAUUAUUGUGAGUUUUAUUAGAUUGGAGCUCUGUGAUUGUCUUACACUCUGCAUGUUACUGUGAGUUUUGUUUCUCUGUACCUUUGCAAUAUAUACUCUACACAUACUGAUCGCCUGCAGACUUUGCUUAGUGGAGUCCUAUCAAACUAGUUUAAUUUAAUUUUUUAACGCUGGAGUCACAAUUAAUAUUUGUUUUAUGUGUUUAUACAAACCCGUAUCCUGGUUCUUUUCACUUGCACUUAAUCUCCUCUGCUGGAAAGUGCUCUCUGUACAGGUGUUUGGGAAGAAGUGUAUCUUAUUUAUUCAUUAAUCAGCAUAUUACGUGUUUUUUACGCGGUUAGAUGCAGGUAGUCCGUGGCAGCUCUCCUGCUCUGUGAGAUCUAUUGAACACGUCACACAGCAUGCUUCCGACAACUGCAAAUUCACUGAUAAUUAAUUGGUUUCAGAGGGUGUUUUAUUUUCUCUGCCACAGAGGCGUUCAGUCACACUUUGCCUGUGAAUGGAAUUGAAUCAGACUGGACGGCGCAUGUCCUGACUACCUCAAUUCAAUACGUAAUGCUCAGAUCUCAACUUGAAAAUUGCGACAUCCUCAUCGCGUUUUAUUAAUGCAGAACAGACACGCAGAUAGUACCAGGACUGCUUUAUAUAGUAAAAUAGUGACGUUUACGGUCGUCAUAACAACCUAUCGCAGACCCUAUUUUGAUGCAGAAUUAUCUAUUAAUAAUGUACUUUCUUAUAAAUGUUUACCGUUUCACCGACAAAUGUUUGUGCAUCUACUUUUAUUUGGCAUUGAAAACCAAAGAGAAGAGUUACUUGUGCACAUUUAAAUAAACGGAGGUUAUUUAGUAACUCCAAUGGCCAUUUUAGUGUAAGCUCACCGGCCACGUCAAGGCAAACCUCAAAGGGGAGUCCUACGUUUAACAAUUCACCUUGCUUGCUUCAGCUUCUGAGAAACAUCUGAGACAGAGAGGGGUAUUUUCCUAAACCCCUACAUGCUUAUUAACCCUUGAUAAGGAGCACAUGGGGUGGGCGGCAGCAUUGUAACAUAGCGAUAUAAAUACUCAAAAAUAAGUCCUGCGCUCAGACUCCCGUUACGCCUGGGCGGCAGCAAUGACUAUAGUACACAUCUGCCCCAAUACAAUUGUAAAGCAUUGCAAAACAAAAUUUGGUCCAUGAAUCCCUCCAUACUAAUCUUUUAUAUCCCUGAAAUGAUUUUAGGCUGGGUGAGAUCAAAAACAGGUAUUUACUUUCAUGGAACCCCAUUAAAUUGACUGAAAAACACAGUACCACCCCUCCCUUCCCCCCAAACCCCUGCACUGUAAGGGAAGUUUAAAAAAAUAUGUCAUUGCAUUCUAACAGUCAAAGUUGGGAAGCACAGAAGGAGGUUUCUGAUAAAACUCAGAACGAUACAGAGAUUAAAAGAACACUAUAGGGUCAGGAACACAAACCUGUAUUCCUGAUCAUAUAGUGUUAAAACCACCAUCUAGCCUUCCUUGCCCCCCUAAAUAUAGUAAAAUCUUACCUUUAUUCCAGUCUGCUGGCUCUGCCUGUGAUCUGCGUGCUUGGCUGACAUCAUCAGAAGUGUUUCUCUCAGCAAAUCACAAUGCUUUCCCACAGGAUUGGCUGAGACUGAAGGAGACAGAUCAGGGGCAGACCCAAACACAGCAUCUCCUCAUAGAGAUUAAUUAAAUUAAUGCCUCUGUACAAGGAACGUUCAGUGUCUUCAUGCAGAGGGUGGAGAUGCUGUCAGUCACACUGUGCAGCACUGCCCCAGGAAGCACCUCUAGUAGCCAUCUGAGGAGUGGCCAGUGGAGGUAUCCCUGGGCUGUAAUGUAAACACUGCAUUUUCUCUGGAAACACAUUUACAGCCAGAAAGCCUGAAGGGAAUGAUUAUACUCACCAGAACAAAUGCAAUCAGCGGUAGUUGUUCUGGUGACUAUGGUGUCCCUUGAACUGCAUGUUGCUGUAGCAUUUUGCAAAUUCCUGUAUUUUACAAAGAUCCUGAAGCUACCUUAAUUUUUUUUUCCGAGAAGGUUUUCACAUUUAACGUCAUCACAAUUUGCAGGAGACUUCACAGAAUCUACCAUCCUCCAAAGCUCUGGAUUACUUUAAUCUCAAACUAGAAUCUCUUGGACGUGAACUGUCUCAGUUGUUCCUGAGUUAACUCUAGGCAGCGACUAUUUUUAGAGUUGAUUAAAUGAAAAAAUAGCAGAUACCGCCAAUAGUAAAAGUUCCGUUAAAACUUAAAGAGUUAUUCCAACCACCAUGAUUUUAGUGGUUACGGUGGUAGGAGUGUGUAUAUUCAGUGUUUCAGCUUGAUACACUGCACAUACUGAGUUAUUGGCACUUUUUUUUUCUGGUGGCUAGCUGCACCCCCAACAUGUGUUUUUUUUUUUUUUCCCCUUCUCCUUUUUCGCUGUUUUUGGAACCAUCACGUGAUAUUAUUUACCCCAUAUUUCAAUAGAAGUGUCCAAUAUGGACUGUGCAUACGGGCUAUUAUUUGAAAUACUCGUCUUUUCUAUUUUUGAAUUUCCAUUUUUGCUGGCCCUCCUGGCACAAUCAGAACAUGGCUUGUCAUUUAUUCCCCACAGUGCCGUGCACACAUACAGUAUAUCAGAGGACGAUACCCAACCCACCAUGGUGCGAGUGUGAUGGGGUUGCUAGACUGGCCUUAAAAGUUACUAGCCACUCCAAGCCUUGAGGAUCCAUGGCACACUCACCAGGGGUGCUAGUAGUGAGAGGGAAUUGUGUGCUCUGAUACAUAAUGUAAAAAAUACAGAGAACAUUCUAUACAAUACGUAAUCUAUAAAAGUAAAACUCUGUAUUAUUAAUCCUUGCUUUGCCGCUAACAAUCGGCAGAUUAAUGUCAACCUUUGCAGCACUGCCAGGAGGAUUUUAAUGUGUUUGUCAGCCGCUGCUGAAUAGGUUAAACUGUCUCUGUCUUAAUGGAAAAACCUGUUUAGGAGCUGGCGAGCCUCCUUGUAUUACCAAGCUCCUAUGUGGCUGUUUUGCAGGGGUGGGAGGGGUUAUUGUAAAUUCCUAAUGAGUGCCUCUGUUAUUUGUCACUGUGCGUACCUACCUGCCUGCAGGGACAGUCACCUGUUACAGGGAACACUGACUGGUGGACGGGAAAAGAGAAACUGCUGGCUUCGUGCAGAAAAAGGGCUUUAAAUGAGGAACAGCUGACCUCCAGAAAGGUGAGGGCCAAAGGGUACAGGUAAUAGGAGCUGGUGUAACCUAAUCCUGCAGGUUUUACCAGGUUAUAUAGGUGUCUGUACAAUGAGCUGAUAGACUUCAGCCGUGGAUAAUACGGAUCACAGCACUGACUGCUGUUAUAUAACAGGUUAAUAUCCCCCAAACUGGUAAAUUAGAACCUUGCUGGAUGUAUCAGGGCUGCAGGAAUGUUGGGGGCAGUCUAAUGAUCCCUUUAAUUCUAUGUGCGUUUUUGUGGUUUUCCCCUCUGUGGAGUCUUUAUAGAGUAUUUAAUGGUGUUGGUGCUGCAUACAUUUGCAUCAGUGCCUUUUCUAAGAUGGGGUUCCUAUAGCAGGCUGGCAGGAACAGGUGGAGGGACCCUGUAGCAUUCUGCCGAAACCUUUCAAGAACCCCUAGACGAGCUGUUAAAUCCCUUUCACAUCUACCGUAUGUGUCCUCUGGGUCCCCCAGACAAUUUUGAAUUCACCUGUGUGAGGUAAUUAUAUUCGUGGAUAAAAUGCCUGAGGAAUUGGCGUAGAUUGUGAGCUCCAUAGGGUUAAUAUUCCCUGCUGUCUAACAUCCUAGGUGUGGGAUCUACCACUUCGAAGUGACGCCUCUCUGGGUGGCUGACAUUUUCUUUGCACUGUGGGUUUGUCUGUUUGAGAAUUGGGACGACGAUCUGCUUGUACUCUUUGUAUUGAUGAUUAAUGGGACUGAGAAGUUUUCGCGUCUUACUGUGCAUGUAAAGCUGUGCUAACCAUUUGUGCACUUGAAAUUUGUUCUUCAAAAUCCUAAAAAAAAGUACCCGUUGGUUAGAAGUAAUGAUAAAUUGAAAUGUGUGAUUUAGUGAAACGUUUAUAUUCUGUGGAUGUAAUGGAGUUUGUGUUGUAAUAAUUUCUCAUUCCUUUCCUGUUUGCCUCUGCCGUGUAACCCUGUGUUACGAUCCGGCGAGGCAUAGCAGGAGAUCUUGUGGGAACCUGGGAUACAAGACGUGUUUCUUAAUGGUAUAGAGAUUAGGUGUUAACUGGUGAAUUUUGAAAAAAAGAAAAACAAUAUCCCAGACGUCCCCUUCAAUGGAGAUGGGUAUAUGGGAAUUAGUACAACCUAAAAUAGAUUAGUAGCGACAAAAAAUAAAAACACCUUUUUGAAUGAGAUACAGACGAUCGCUCUGUGUUCCCCAAUCACCCAGGUUCUGCUUGGUAGUAGGGUAUCCCUCUUAGGUUGAAUGCUUCAUGUACCCCUUAUCGGUCUCGUAGGGCUGAUACCCCAUUACCCGGUAUGCCGACAUUUGUUUCCUAUUUAGGACCCUCUACUAGAUAUAGUAGCUCUACGCUUUUAGAUUCAAUUUAUUUAUUUAUUUAUAAAAUAUUUUACCAGGAAAGAUACAUUGAGAUUUCUCUCGUUUUUAAGUAUGUCCUGGUUUUUUUAUUUUUUGCUACUAAUCUAUUUCAUGUUGUACUAAUUCCCAUACACCCACCUCCAUUGGAGGGGAAGUCAGGGAUAUUUUUUUUAAAACAUUUCUAGUAAUUAGGGUUACUCCCUGUUAUGCUAGUACUACCAGGUGACCCCUUCUUAACUAGUGGAUAGGGUUAUAGGUCUCCCCUAGCCUAUGUACUUUGUAUGGUGGAAGAUUUUUUGACCUAUCCCAGGGUUAAUAUCUUAAAAGCUGUUACUAACUGGUGAAUUUACCCUAUAGGCCAGCCUUGUUACUCAGUGGGUACAGUCAGUUUUUGUUUGACGGACACAGAUGCCCGGGAAUGUUUGUUACAUCUUUGACCCCCUUACGAGGCACGCUAUGCACACAGUGAAAAUAACCAUUUCCCCCAAAAAAAUACUCAAAAAUAUGAAAUUUUGAGUCAUUUGAAUCUCUGGUUUUCUUGACAAAAUGCUAAUUUCAUCAUUAACUUUGGGCCAUCAAAGCUGAGUGCAUUGACUUCUCGGACACCUGUACUGCCGAAUGAUGGUGGGCCACGGGAUUCCCAAUGCCGUGAUUGGCCCACCAUUUCCACUGCGAGAUUCCCAAACUGGAAAAACGCCCGUUUUGUUUGACCAUUGAUGGCCAAGUCCAAAAAUUACCUUCAUAUAAUCACAAGAUAAAAAAUUAUACAUUUAUUUUUGUUUCCCAUUGGCUGCUAUAUAUAUCUGUUUCUGCUUUAGAUUGCAAUGUGACUAGCUGCAGAUUUUCUGUUCUUUGCACUUUUUUGUUUUGAAAUGUGUUAUUUCAAUAAAUCUUGUUGUAAGACAUCUCAAAGGAAGUCCAACUAGGCAGAAAGAGCUACAUAGAUCAUUACUCGUAUGGCUUGUUUUUCGUCUGUCCUAUUUUACUAGCCAGAUUUACAAGUUACUAGCCAUGGCAGGACUACAUUUUUACUCUGCAAUGACUAGUAGACGGGUGGAAAUUUUGAGCCAUAUGUACAGACAAAUUACCUCCAAAUGUCCAGAUGGUGAAGGCUGUGUGUUGUGGGAAUGUUAACUACAUUUUAUUUUUAUUUUAUGCAAUGACUAAAGUGCUAGCUAUUGAAGUGUUGACUGGUGUGAGGUGUGCAGCAGAAGAUAAUUGUGCCAUCAUCUUAGCAGGAUGCCCCACAAUGCAGUGCAUGUUUACAAUAUCAUAAGGAUACCAGAGAUUUGCAUAGUGUGCCAGGCUAUGCCACUGUAGCGUUGUAUCAAUCAACAUUUUAUAACCAUGGUAUUUGGAAAAACAAAUGCUACAAAUCACUGCUACAUUAUUUCAGAUAAUCAGAUAUUUUUUCAUGUUUAGGUAGCAUACCGAUCAUAUUGUGUUUAUUAUAAGGCUGGGGCAGGAUACCAUUAAAUAAUGUUGUACGAUGGAGACUUUUAAUUUAGAAUCUGCUUUUUAGUACGGCAUUUCUAAACUCUGGAUGGCUACCAUUAGAACUGCGAACCAUGUGAUACCUUGUAAUUUAGAACGUGAAAUAUAGAACCCCAGCUGUCCGCUACACCGGGUGCUUUGCAUUCUGAAAUUGUUAGUGUGACGUAAUCAUGGAGGGGUAGUGCUGUAAUCCAGCCCUUUUGUAAAUCAUAGAGUUUGAAUGGAAAGACCUGUUUUCCCAGGUGCGCAGUGAAAGUCCAUGUUCCCAUAUCGUUAUAAUUGUACGACAGCGGCCAAAUAAACAUCCUCUCCUGUUUGAUGAAUAAAGGGUGUUUGUUUGUGCAACUCAUUAACUCCUGGGUUGUUAAACAUACACAGCAUGUAUUACAGAACCCACAGACGCAGAACAUGUGUUAAUAAUUCCUUAGACCCUUGGUAAAUAGGACCUCACUGUUUGUGUUUAACCCAUAUGAUGUAUAAUGUGCUAGGAAAACCCAAACCGAGAUAUUACAGAUUGUCAAGAUCUAAUGGGAUUUUAUCGACUCCUUGUUAAAUCGGGAUUUUUUUUUUUUAUAUAUUUGUCCAGGUAUGUCGUUUAACAAAAAUUAGUGAUACGGAAGAAAAGUAAAAUAAUUUAAAUUGGAAAAUUUUAUAAAUGGUUUUUUUUUGGAUUCUUCCAUUGGGAUUUAUUCCCUUAUCCAUGAAUUUUAUAGAAUUGACAAAUGAAUUUAAAAUGUUCAACUGCAAUAUCGCCUGGUUAAAAUCACUGCCUUAAAACUGCGAAACCCAGAUUCGGAUCCCAGUUGGACCACCUCACUAAUAAGUGUCUUUGGGAAUGAAACCCAGCGACCACAUUAAAAAUACCUGCCUAAUAUCGUGUAGGUCCCCUCGUGCUACCAAAACGUCUUUAAAGCAUUGAGGUGUCCUGUGAUAUCUGGCACGUAGACAUUAGCAGCAGACAACCUCCAAGUCCUGCAAGCUACGAGGUGGGGCCUCCAUGGAUCUGAUUUGUUGUUCCAGCACAUCCUAUAAAUGCUCAAUCAGAUUGAGAUCUGGGUAAUUUGGAUUUCAAGGUAUGGCACUGUGCAUUAUCCUGCUGAAAGAGGCCUCUAGCAUCAGGGUUCAUUAUUGCCAAGAUGAGGUACAUGUGGCCUCCAACAUCUGUAGGCAGGUUGUACGGGUCAAAGUAACAUUCACAUGAAUGCCAGGACUCAAGGUUUCCAAGCAGAACAUUGCCCAGAGAAUAACACUGCGUUCUUCCCAUAGUGCAUCUUGCUGCCAUCUCUUUACCAGGUAAACGACCGCACACGCAGCCAGCCAUCCUCCUGAUCUAAAAGAAAACGUGAUUCAUCAGACCAGUCAACUUUGUUCUAUGGCUCAGUCUUGACACUCUUUGCCAGGGGUCAUCGCGGGCCCAUACUCUGCAAAUUGUGAUGCACUGUCUGUUCUGACACCUUUCUAUCAUUGCCAGCAGUAAGUUUUUCAGCAAUUUGAGCUACAGUAUCUCUUCUUUGUGAUCGUACCAGACAGCUAGCCUUCACUCCCCACAUGCAUCAAUGAGCCUUGGGCGCCCAUUACCUUGAUGCUGGUUCACUGGUUGUCCUUCUUUUCACCACUUUUGGUAGGUAUUAACCACUGCAUACUGGAAACAUCCCACAAGAUUUGUCGUUUUGCAGAUGCUCUGACCCAAUUGUCUAACGAUCACUAUUUGACCAAAGUCACUCAGAUCUUUUCUCUUACCCAUUUUCCUGCUUUUAACACUUGAAAUUCAAGAACUGACAGUUCACUUGUUGCCUAAUUAACAGACGCCAUUGUAACGAUAUUGUAACGGAUCACCUGGCACCCCAACUGGGUACCUCCAUUGAAGGAUGCUCCUAGCGCUUCCUGAGGACUCCAAGCACUGCAGCAGACACCACAACCACCGAACUGGAGAAGCAUACAAAUGCUCUCAAGCAUUUGAAUGCUGUAAGCAGCUGAACAGGAAAAGCAUACAAUCAUCUUACACUCCUGGUAAUCAGCAUACAAUCCAAUUCCCCCAAUAACGAGACGACACUUCGUUUUGAGGGUCAAGCAGAAUCAGACAGAGCUGUUCUAAUAUACACAUUAGUACCACCCACAGGGUUUUGGAAAACAACCAAUAAACACAUACAAUACACUCAGACACUCCCACACAAAAUCCUCCCCUCUGCAUGUGAUUCAAUUACCUUACACAAUGGGUAAUGUAAUUAUCACAGCCAGAGAAAUACAGUUUUUCCACAUUAUUCAUAACUUGAAAAGUAUGCAGCACAUUCACAUUUUCACAAUCAGCAUACUCCAAAUACAAACAUAUGUCAAAAUCAUCCAAAUUGGUCCAUUGGUUCAAAAGAUAGAUCGAAGUCCUUUGUGACCAAAUGAAGCAUGGCUUUUCUGCCCAAAACCAGUUCCACAGAGUCUUCUAUCCUGGAGAUAAUUGGGAAGUAAUCCAAUUAUCUCCAAGGACAGAGUCAAAACUCCAUUAAGGACAUGGCAGUAAAAAGACAGUAAAAUACAAUAAAAUACACAAGGUUACAUUUAUUACAAAAAAUACAGACAUGCAACAUAUCCCCAGAUAGCCUAGGUCUGAGCGCAGAUUAUUACUGAAUGGCGCUCAGACCACACACCUACAGUUCAAUCGCCAUGGAGCCAAAGUCUUUUAUUACACAAAUAGGCUCCAUGGCAUAGCUAUCUGGGUUAAAUGAGUUAAUUCAGUAAAUCCGAGAAUUUACCGAACGCCAGGGCAGAAAUACAGGAAUAGACCUUUCUGCAUAGGAAAAUAAAGAAUUUAAAUGCCGGUCCCCAGUCAAAAGGGAGCAGGCGAGCAACCAGGCUUCUCCAGUGCACAGUGGCGAGGUUGGUUCCACCACAGAUAUAAUCAAUGUUAUUCACUUCAUAUGUCAGUGGUUUUAAUGUUGUGGAUAUAUCCUCCUAAAUUGUAAGCUCUUUUGAGCAGGGUAUUCUUCUUUUCCCUUUCUAGAAUUGUAAAGCGCGUUGGAAUAUGUUAGUAUUAUAUAAAUGCGGAUUGAAGGGGAAAAAUCAGCCUCCUUUUAUUUUAUUAAAAUUUGUAUUUAUUUUUUGCACUAAAAUUUGCAAUUCCCUUUUAGCAAUCUCCAGUUUAUCAGAUAAGCCAUUAUUUCUAAAGUACCUUGUGAACAUCCAUCUGAUUAAUAAACUCUGAAUCUGCGACAUGGGCACUGGUGGGGGGCCUCGGUGAACAAGCAUUAUAAAUGCUGCACAUCGAAAUAAUGUUCUCUUCACUGAUUUGCAAGAAAAAGACGGGGGUUAUCUUGUCAAUCUCUAGCAUUUAGUGUACUCUUCGUGAUACUUAAAAUAAAUACUAUGCUAUUCCAGAAAAUGCUCAGGGUCAGUUUGUUUGCUCCUCUGUUCUGGGUCAAGGUGACCCCAGCGAGAGAUUUGGAGCCAAUCAUUCCAUCAAACUGGGGAAUGAUUGGGAACAGUUGCCAUUCACGGGAAAUCAUUUUUUAAUUCUUUAUUUCAGAGAUCAGGGAGAUAAACAUUACAGACAAAUACAAUAGUCAACUUUACAACUUUCAGCUCCAAGACGAUGACCUGUUAUGAGGUUUAGUACAUAACAUAUAGUGCCGAUACAUAACUGGAAUAUCAUUAAGAGUCGAUUGCAUAUUUGUGUCUCUGUCCCCCGUCUCUAAGUUUCUGAACUCUUUUUAGAAAAAGGAGGCAAAUUCUCCUUCUCAAGGUCCGCAGCACCGUCUAUCUCAGGGUCGUUAUAUCUCCAUCUCACCCAUGAUACUCUUCCCACAUUUGCUACUCCUUGUUAAAUGUUGUCAUCGCGUUCCGUCCCCAAACUGAGAGUUUGAAAAUGAAUCGUUCCUAUUGGCCUUUCUGGCAUCAUUGUGGUUGUUUCGUUAAAGAUUUUCUAACAGUAUUUUGGGGUCUGUAGCUGAUGCUUUUAUUAUUUUCCAGCUCCCUUUUUUUAAACCUAUAAUUUGCCAUUUGUUUGUCAGUUCUCUACGAUGAGCAGUUUAAUGAAUCCCAUUAACCCAAUUUCUUUUGUGACCUAAAGUCCUUUGCUUCAUUUCCAGCCCUGCGACACGUAUUGUUUAGAAGACUUCCCUAAAUGAUUUACUGACACAGAUUCCUUCCCUAUCCUCCAUGACACAAACCAUACUGUGCAGCCAGAGCUAUAUGGUGUUACUGUGUAUCGAAGGCUUAUCUUCUGACGAUAACACCCUUCUAUUAAAGAGGAAAUGUCACAGCUCAGAGAGAGUUCCUCAUUCCAGGCCUGGGUGCACACUAUGACUAUUGGAGUGCUUAUAGGUUAAGGACUGCGGUGGAGGUAGAUCUAAAUAAUUCAUACCUCUGCCUUUGGGGUGCGGGCGAGGACACCAUUACAUGCUGCUCUGUGUAUGUGCAUGGAAAGGGCUGUAUGAGUGCAUGCGUUCCCCCCACAUUCCUUCAAUAGUGCCAUAAUCGUGCAUGCGCCCCCUGCAUUCCUUCCAUGGUGCCAUACUCCCGCAUGCGCCCCUGCAUUCCUUCCAUGGUGCCAUACUCCUGCAUGCACCCCCUGCAUUCCUUCCAUGGUGCCAUACUCAUGCAUGCACCCCCUGCAUUCCUUCAACAGUGCCAUAAUCCUGCAUGCACCCCCUGCAUUUCUUCCAUGGUGCCAUACUCCCGCAUGCACCCCUGCAUUCCUUCCAUAGUUCCAUACUCCCGCAUGCGCCCCUGCAUUCCUUCCAUGGUGCCAUACUCCAGCAUGCACCCCCUGCAUUCCUUCCAUGGUGCCAUACUCUCGCAUGCGCCCCCUGCAUUCCUUCCAUGGUGCCAUACUACCGCAUGCGCCCCCUGCAUUCCUUACAUGGUGCCAUACUCCCGCAUGCGCCCCUGCAUUCCUUCCAUGGUGCCAUACUCCCGCAUGCACCCCCUCAUUCCUUUCAUAGUGCCAUACUCCCGCAUGCGCCCCCUGCAUUCCUUCCAUGGUGCCAUACUCCAGCGUGCGUUUUUGGAUGGGGUAUUGGUUACUGUGAGUUCCCUUUAAGCAGUGUUUUCGGAUGGGAUAUUGGUUACUGUGAGUUCCCUUUAAGCAGUGUUUUUGAAUGGGAUAUUGCUAUCAGUUUGUGUCAGUGUGUUCCUCUGGACUUUAUCCCGGAUUACGGAAGUUGUCCUAUGAUGGCACAGUUUAUAACAGCUUGCAGGAAAUCAGUAACUUCUUGUUAAUAACCAGGAACGCGUGUUCAGUGUGAGCAGGGAUACAUUUACUGAGCAAUAAAUUGUCAGAAAAUGAAAAAACUGCUCAGGCCUCAAAGUGGAUUUCACAUGUAAGACCAGAAUAGCUGAACAGGAAAAGUUCCAGAUCAGCUACUUCAGCCUUAAUGUUAAAUUGACUUUGAAUUAUUGUAUGUAUUUAUUUUUUGUGUAAAAUGUUUAACUUAGUGAGUCUUCCCCUAACAUUUUAACUCUUUCGGAAAUCUCUUUUGCAGUUCUCCUGCCAUAAUUUCUACAAUGCAUGGCCUAUAAUUACUUGAAGAUGAAUAAUUUAUUAUCAGAGCAUGUAGAGAGGAUCACUGGCCUUUAAGAAUAACAUAAUUACAUAAUUAAACCUGCAUGGAACUGAUUAAAAUAGAGAUAAGGACAAGCUGCCAAGUGCACUGUGACCUGGGACUCUUAUGGCACCAGUUAAAAAAAAUAUUUAAAGGGACUCUCCCCUGUCCAGAUUAUAAAUAAAAUUACUAUUUAGUAGAUCUAUUCACAAUGAAAACAUCCAUGCAUUUAAUUAGGCAUUUUUUUCAUUGGGGGUAUAUAUAAAGCCAGUUUGUAAAAGCUGCAGAUCUCUUGUCUGCAGCCUUUGCAACCCCUCCCCUUCUAACCCCGCCCAGACUUUCUGUGGCUGUCCAAUCACAGACUUUUCAAUGCAGAUCAAUGAGAAGUCUUUGCAAGGUGGGGGUUUUGGGUAAUUGAUGUUGUUUGAGUUUAGCUUCACUGAGCUAUUCCAAACCAGGAAGUAACAUGAGUCUGUUUGAUAUUUCAGUGUUUGGAGGCCAUUUUAUCCUGCACUGUAAAUUGUGCAACCGGUCAUUAUAAAAUUGGGAUGGUUUACUUGCUCAUUGUAUUUUCCCCAUAAACGUACAAAAUCUCUCUCCCCCUCCCUUCCUCUAUACCACAUUUUAUUUUUUGAGGUUUUACUGAAAAGCAAUAAAGUGUACAUAAUAAUAAAAAAAAUACCCAUACAGUGCACAUUGCAGGCGAUCAGGAAGAGGGCCGAGGAAUUGCAUGCUGGGAAAUUAUUAUUUUUUUUACAUGUUGGUAAUGUCACUGCAACGUGUAGUUUAAAUAUCUGGAAGGGACAAUUCAGGCUGUCACAUUCCUUUCUUUUUUUUUUUUCUUUUUUUUUUACGUAUACAUAAUUUAUAAAAAAAUAAUGAUAUAUUCAAAAGCAAAUUGCUGAAAAAAAAUCAAAGGAUUUGCUGCAAAAAAACCCCCAAACCUUUGAAGCUUCUGCUGUGAGCUCUGCCUGGUCUAGGUUGUGACUCUGUCAGCCUUGCUUAAAUGAACACUUCACGCACCAUUACCACUGUAGCAUGUCUCCCAACAGUCCUGUUUUUCCGAGGGCAGUUCUGCUUUCCUGGUCCUGAGUUCUUCCACCGUGUUCCACUUUUGGGCGAUACGAGCAUGUCAUCAUUAGUCGUGCUCACGCGAUGUUCAAGGAGUUAGGACCCUGGAGAUAGGCAGUCAAGAUUGGCAGUCAGGCUGACCUGCCCCUCUCCCACUAGCAUCACAAUAUCUGCAAUGCUGAAGCUAGGAGGCUUGUUAUAGCCUGCUGUAGUAGUUUUGGUGCGAGGAAUGCCCUGGUACCCAUGCGGGAUACUAUUCUAACAGUUUGCAAAUGGUUUGCCAACCUCCCUGGGGCCCACUGAGUGCCCUAUUAUCUCUCUGUAGUGGAAACUGACAAUUGAACUAAAACUCCCAUAAGCCUAAGGCAUGGAGUUCCAGACAGCAGUAUUUUUGAAGCAAAAAAAACCCCCCACUUACUCUUGAGGUUAAUGAGACAAAACUAUAAAUAAAAAAACCCCCACAAAAGCAGAGAAACUAACAUGUUUAUUCAUUCCCCCUCGCUCUCUGAAUGCUCCCAUUUCCUCGCAGACUCUUUGUUAGUGGAAGGUGCAGGUCACUCAUUUUUAACCAUAUGUAGCAAGCCACUACACUUACCCAAAGCAGAGCUGAGACGGUCCAGUCAUGUCUGGAAUUUGACAGGACAGUCCUGGUUAUAUUAUCAUCUCCGGACUCUGUUCUGCAUUUUAAAAAUGUUAUCUGCCUGACCACCUAUUCCAGGGCCGUGCUCCAGUGGUGGCGGUGGAAGCUGGUGACCUAGCCGCAUUAUAAGCAGUGGGUAGAUCUAAAUGACUAGCGGCAGGCCUAUAAAUUAUAUGACUGUCAUAUGGCGGUGUGUUAGGGGUGUUGAAUAGUGGAAGGGGCUAAGGAAACUGUUAAGCGUGGUCUUCACGCCUGUAAAUUGAUUGAUAGCUCAGCUGCCAAGUAUUCUUGGACAUUUCUCAAAUGUAGGCACCUAUGGAUUUGUGUCUAGGGCCCGGGUCUGAAUGUUCACAGUGAAAUCGAAUUACUAAAAAAAUGUGUACAUCAUGGCCACCCAGACCACUGGAUCACACUGAAGUGGUCUGGUUGCAGUCCGUUUCAUUCUGCAAAGAGGAACAUUGCUGUUUUGUAGACUGUUUACAUUGCAGGGUUAAGUGCACCUCUAGCGGCUCGCAUACUGACAUCCAAUAGAGAAUCUUUUAUUGCACUGACAGUCUAAAACUCGUCACGUGACAUGGAAUCUUCAUGGCAAACAGGAGAGAGAACUUUAAUGCCACUAGGGACAGGAGCUCUACAGGUUUGUAGCCCUAACUACCGUGUUCCUAUAAGCCUAUUAACAUGCAUUGUGUUUUGUUCCGAUUUGGAAUAUUUAUUACUGAAAUCUCUGUAUGCAGUGCAAGGUGGUUUCUUGUCUUGCAUUGCGGCAUUGUCAUAAUGUCUUAAGGACACUUUGUAAAAUCGCUCUUAUGUCCCACAUACUUUAUGGCAUUAGUGGAACCUCCCACUCACAGUUUAUGGCAUUAGUGGAACGUCCCACAAACACUUUACGGCAUUAGUGGAACGUCCCAUGCACACUUUAUGGCAUUAGUGGAACGUCCAAUGCACACUUUAUGGCAUUAGUGGAACGUCCCACGCACACUUUAUGGCUUUAGUGGAACGUCCCACGCACACUUUAUGGCAUUAGUGUAAUGUCCCACACACUUUAUGGCAUUAGUGGAACGUCCCACACACACUUUAUGGCUUUAGUGGAACGUCCCACGCACACUUUAUGGCAUUAGUGGAACGUCCCACGCACACUUUAUGGCAUUAGUGGAACGUCCCACGCACACUUUAUGGCAUUAGUGGAACGUCCCACGCACACUUUAUGGCAUUAGUGGAACGUCCCACGCACUCUUUAUGGCAUUAGUGGAACGUCCCACGCACACUUUAUGGCUUUAGUGGAACGUCCCACGCACACUUUAUGGCUUUAGUGGAACGCCCCACGCACACUUUAGAUCUGUCUUGACACCGGGUACGUCGUUGUAGUCACUGUACGGAUACAAUGUCUGGUUGAUCUGCUCCUUGGGUGAAUUCAUGGAUUGUAAGCCCGUUUGAGCAGAUCCUUCACCUCUUGUCUUUGGUAAUUUUUGUAUGUCAGUUUCUUGUUGUCUAAUAUGUCAUUUCUAUAAUUGUAAAUUGCUGCGGAAUAUGUUGGCGCUAUAUAAAUAUUAAUGCUAUGGACACUCUGUAGCUGGCCUGGCUUACAGCGGUUACUGACUACAAACUGUGCCAUGUGGGUACGCUGUCUGUAUGAACAGCCUCUGAGUGGACACAGCGGUUAGCUGACUUAGAGCCGCUACUGAGAGGUUUCCUGACAUUUAUCCAUUGUGUUUGUAGUUGCAGAUAAAAGAACGCUCCUGGGAGACCAGCCAACCUUUAACUACGGCUCGCUGCCCGCCUUGAAGCCCAAAGUCUGCAUGGUGAGUGUUCUAUCUGUGUCUGUCUAGGAAUCUCUCCGUCCCUGUAUUUUAUUUAUUGAUCCAGUCAAUCUAACAUCCUAUACAGCCCCUGUACGGAAGACUGAUUCAGUUUGUAGAGAGUUUGACUUCUAGAGAGACGUCACAAUGAAACACCUGGGCUCUGGCAUUAAGCUCUGUUCCAUGAUGUAGAUUCUUCAUACUCUCCACGCUGCGUCUGUUCAAUCCUUGCGCCCCUCCAGUCUGUUACCAGUGUGAAAAUUAGUGCAGGGCCAGGUGAGGGCGGCAUCCAGGCCCCUUGGAUAAUGACUUACAGCACGGGAGUGUGUUAUUCUGUGUCCGUUUCCUGUAAUACCAGUAAAUCAUUUUAAAAUAACGUGUUCUUGGCGGGUCUUACUGUGUGUUCUAUUUCAAUUAUUCUUGCUUUGCCAGCACGUGGUAGGAAACGUAACGUAGACCAUGGUUAGAGGGGGCAGAGCUGGGUAAAUACUGCAUGCCCAAUUAUUUUUAAUGUUGCUCUUGAUAACAGUUUACUGACCAGAAUGUGAGCCAUUCUCGAAGUGAUAAUAUUAAUUGCACACUUGUUUUGGUGCAUAAAUCAGGCUCUUGCUGUCUCACUACACUGUUCUCUGCCAUUUAGGAGUUAAAUCACUUUGUUUAUGCUGCCCCAGCCACACCUCCCUGCAUGUGACUACUCAGCCUUUCUAAACACUUCCUGUAAAUCAUCAUCCGAUGUUUACCCUUCCUGUAUUGCAAAUUCUGUUUAAUUUAGAAAUUCUUUUUUUCUGCUCUUCUAGAGCCUGCAGGAACCUCCUGUGUGUGAUUAAAGUACAAUUAACAGCAGGAGACAAGAACUUAUAAAGUAAACACACUGUGCUGUGAAAUCUGAUUGAAAAUUAACCUUUUUUUCCCCUUUCAUGUGUGACUAGGGCUGCUUGGACGGAAACAAAUUGAUUUAACUCCUAAAUGGCAGAUAAUUAAGCAGUGAGACUGAAGGGGCAUGAUCUAUACACCAAAACUGCUUUAUUAAGCUAAACUUGUUUUGGUACUUAGAAAGUCCCUUUGACUACUUCCCUGCUGAACUUCCUCAUAAUUCAUUGCACAGUUUUUCAUUUUAUUUAAAAAUUUUGUCCUCUGAUGGCAGGUCAGAAAUCUAACAAGUGCAGUAAACCACCCUCUUGUGUUUAGAUUAUAACUUAAUAUGUUUCUUACUUCAUGAAAGGUUGUCAUGUCUGUGCCAGAGCUCACAUUGGGGUGUUUGUUUUGCACAAUUAUCCUUUCUUGAUGCUGAGGGUCAGCACAUGAAAAGAGCUGCCCUGCAGUUUGUAAUGUUCAGCGGCUGCAGCAGGGAAUCUGUUAAUCAGUCCUUUUCUAUUUUGAAUGCUUAGUGAUUGAGUUUUCUUCUUCAGCAUAUGAAUGCUUUGUACUGUAGGGCAUCACUUUUCAUGCAUUGUCUAACCUAUUGUGCCAAUUAUUUAGCUUAAAGGAAACCUGGUUAAUUUGGCAGCCCUAAGCAAAGGAGAGUUCUUAUAUUUUUAUUUUUGAUUCUUGAAACCCAAAUGGAGCUUGCAAAUUCUCAUUCUAAUGCAUAAUGUUCUGACCCCGCAGGAGAUAAGUGGUUACCGGAAAGUAAAAUGGCGAAUCGUACUGUGUUUCGCGCUGUGUGUGCUGACUCUGGGAAUCCUGCUGGUUAUCUUCCAUUGGAAACCUCGACUGUAUGUGCUGCUGAUCUGCAAAAACUGCCCGCUGGCUGAGGCAAACUGGGUCAUCAUUAAGGUGAGAUAGCCCUGGCUCACUUAGGCAAGAACCUUACAUAGCCACCUAUAAGUCCAACUAGCCCCGUUACAACAUCAGCUGAGACAGAAAUUCCUCCAGUUCAUUUAUUUUAUAAAUAUUACAUUAAAAGUAAUGUAGAAAAGAUACUCACAUUUAAUGUUUCUACGCUUGCGGCAAAUCCUCAAACUGGGAAAUCCUAAUUUAAAGGGAAACACUGCAACUUGGAAGGAAUAGAUAACGUGGACUCAUGAAUCAAAAGGAUUUUUAUUUUAAUAGAGAAUGGGAUGAUCUACCGCACCAAAACAACCACACAAAUAAAACAAUAUUUAAAGUGCCCUUGUAGUGCAAAAUGGAGUAUAUUCAUAUAUACGUACCCUUAUUUACAAUUAAAAAAACAUAUUUUUUUAAUAUAUUGAAUAAAGUAAUAUGUUUUAUAUAAGUCCUAUUUUAUUGUUUUUGUUGCUGAUCCACAUUCCUGGUUCCGGCCAUAUCCCAGGUGGGGAUUAUACCACCAAAGCUAUAUACACUAGAGCAAGUUACUGCUCAAAGAAUUGUAAGUAGAAUACCUCUUUUCUUCUUUUAUUAUAUGUAUACAUAGGCGUGCGCCACUUAUUGCAUAAGGGUGUGCACCCUAAAGCACAAACACACACGCUGCGUACGUACAUACAAAUAUACAUACACACACCCAUACUCUGCUGUGUGUGUGUGUUUGAGGGUGAUGUGUGUGUGUGUGUGUAUAAGUGCUGUGUUUGUGAGGGAGCUGUAAGGGUGCUGUGUGUGUGAGGGUUCUGUUAGUGUGGGUAUGUGUAAGGGUGCUGUGUGUGAGGGUGGUGGUUGUGAUUGUGGUGUGAGGGUGCUCUUAGUGUGUGUGAGGGUGCUGUGUGUGAGUGAGGGUUCUGUUAGUGUGUGUGUGUGUGUGAGGGUGCUGUGUGUAAGGGUGCUGUGUUUGUGAGGGUGCUGUUAGUGUAUGUGUAAGGGUGCUGUUAGUAUGUGUGUGUGUAAGGGUGAUGUAUGUGUGUGGGUACUGUUAGUGUGUGUGUGCUGUUUGUGUGUAUUGUGUGGGGUGGGGAGGCCGUUUAAUUAAUAUCCCCCCUCAAUUCUUACCUUUUGAAGGGAGGGGGGACCGUGCUGCUGCCAUCCCUGGUGGUCCAGUGGUGAGUGAACUCUAGCCUGCGGGGCUAGAGUUCACUCUCGCGAGAUAUGAGGGUUGCAGCGGCAACACUCCGACCUUGCAAGAGGAACCCUUUGGAGCUGCUGGCUAGAGAUCCCCAGUUCCUCUCCUGCCUCCCUUUAUGCCUGUGGGCCGGUGAGGGAGGCGCAUAGUGCGGGCCACAGGGAUUAGGGUGUGCCCAGGCACACCCGGCACACCCCGUGCGCACGCCUAUGUAUGUAUAUGUACCUACUACACCAUUGGAGUAUCUGUUUUUCUGUUUAAGCACUAUAAGACACACUCCUGAGCAGAUCUGCAUACAUCCUGAGGCGGGGAUUGUACCGUCCAGGCGCUAUACAGCAGAGCUCUUUGCAGCUCAGAAAAGUGUGAGUUUAACAUCUAUACAUCUUAAAAAUACUCUAAUACAGAUUUAAAAUAUUGCACUAUUAUCUGUACAUAUUGGUCCUGCGAGAUCUGGAAUUGCCAAUCUUUGAUUGAUUGUAAAUAAUUGUACGUGUAUAUAUGUAUAUAAAUAUACUCUAUUUUGCGCUACAAGGGCACUUUAAAUAUUAUUGUUUUAUCUGUGUGGUCGUUUUGGCGCGGUAGAUCUAUUAAAAUAAAAAUGCUUUUACUGUAAUUCAGUUCAUCUCUAUGAGAAGAGGCUGAUUGGCCAGGAUGGCAUUUGUGUAUUAAUUUGUGAUUGGCUUAGCAUUACGCACUUUGAAUGCCGACUGUUCUCAUGCUCAGCCCAUUCCUUUUCCAGGAUGUGUUUGGACAAAUCUCUAUAGCCGAGGUGAAGACGGAGCACGGCGUGGACCCCGGGUAUGUCAUGAUGUGGGAAUUCCAACCCAGCCGCCGGGGAAAAAAAAACCUGUAGUUUAGACGAACUCGCCAUUUUAUAAAAACCAGGAAUGCUUUUUUUUCCAUUCUGCUUAAUUAUUGAUUUAUUGACACCAUGUCAUUCACCAAGACGAGAAAUCAAAGGGAAUUUUAAAUUUCAGUUCAAAAUAGCCGACCUGGAAAAAUUCAGCUUUGGUUUCCGUUUGGCUUGCUUUGGUCUUAAAGGACCACAAUAGGCACCCAGACCACUUCAGCUUAAUGAAGUGGUCUGGGUGCCAGGUCCAGCUAGGGUUAACCCUUUUUUCUAUAAACAUAGCUGUUUCAUGGAAACUGCUUUGUUUACAUGUGGGUUAAUCCAGCCUCUAGUGGUUGUCUCAUUGACAGCCACUAGAGGCGCUUCUGCACUUCUCACUGUGAUUUUCACAGUGAGAAGACGCCAGCGUCCAUAGGAAAUGAUUGUUAAUGCUUUCCUAUGGACUGGCUGAAUGCGCGCGCGGCUCUUGCCACGCAUGCACAUUCAGCCGGUGACGGAAGAAGAGGGAGGAGAGGAGGAGGAGAGCUCCCUGCCCAGCGCUGGAGGGGGCCCUGAGGGUGCCCCUAAAGCCUGAGGGUGGGGGCACCCUCAGGGCACUGUAGUGCCAGGAAAACAAGUAUGUUUUCCUGGCACUAUAGUGGUCCUUUAAGUUUGAAAUUCAUUUUGAAUUCUUACUUUAGUGCAUCACCCGGUUUGUAUGAGAUGAGAGGGUGUGGACAGGAACAGGGUUAUUCCAGGACAUUUUAGUGACUUUAUGACCUGCUGAUAACCAUUUAUGGAACUGAAAAUGAAAUUUAAAAAGUAUUUUAUUUAAACAGAUACAUUAUCUACCACAUAAGAAAACAAUGUAAAUAGUGCAGUUAGUUUGGGAAUGGGGGGUACUGGCAUCCAAAGAACCCAUCCAGCAAAGUUGUAAUCCUAGAUAUGACAAUCUGCGCACUCCAUGACAUUUUCAAAGUUCCAACUAACUUCCAUCCAAGGGAUUUAUUAAUAUCUAGCGAUACUGCCUUUAAUAUGUAUAUUAUAACAGCGCCCCCUAUCUGUUCUUGGUGCACAUUAUAGACGUAUAGGCAGCAUGGAUACAUGGAAAUGACUCUGUAAGUUGGAAGCUAGCUGUGUUGGUUUGUAUCACAGCUGUGUCAUUUGUUCAAACCUCAGAGCUACAGGUUCUUUGCUUGGCAGGGUUAACUCACCCUUUCCGCCUUCCAAGGCAGGUAACAUGAAUGCGAUUAUGUUGGUUAAUUAAAAACCAAUAUCUAUAAUAUUUUGUUAUCCUUCAUGAUAAUAACAAUUUUGGGGUUUGGGCUUAGCUAUUUUAUAUUUAAUUUCGGAAUUUAGUCAAUAAAUUAAUUCAUUAGCCGUAUUCCAGAAUGGGACCAACCCCAAGACUUGACUGAAAGUCGCCUGUGAAUUUGAUUCCAGUAACUGUUAAAAUCUAACUUCUCCAUCAUACGACACUGCGUGGAUCUUUAUUUUAAGCUAAAUAUUUAAACUAAUAUACUGUUUUUCUAACACCAUGUAUAAACGCAGAUUUACGGAAACUUGGUUCUAAGGUUGUUCUUUCUACAUAUAAUUCAUUGUUGCCAUGUUCUGUUUUGUGACCCUUACUGUACCCUGAGAAAGUGUGUAGGAUGCCUCAAACCACCAGUCACCUUUAUGUCAAUCAAAGAAAUAUUUUCUGUUUGUAUGUUUUUGUUUGUUUUUUUAUCCCAAAGCCUGGACCAAGGUCCCAGAGACCGUCUGGAUGCGGUAGAAAAUGGCAGCGUGGCUAUUGCGGUGGCUGAGGAGGACGAUUUUAAGGACACGAUCCGGCUGCAUCACAAGGAGGAGGUGAGCAUUCAAACCUCGAACCAUGGUGGAAAAAUAAAAACUAAAGAAGAUAAAAUAAACAGCACCCUUCAUAACUAUCUGUAAACUAGCCUUUAUGUUAAAACAAACGUCUAUGCCUGAGGAACAUCUAAAAAAUAUAUGAGGCUCAGUGUUAGUCCAUCCACACGUUGGUAGAAGCCAUCAUGUGGUGCUUUUUAUCUUACCACGCCAUCCAUGCAUUGAUUGGGGAGUUUUACAUAUAUUUGGGAAAGACACAUAACGCUGUGUGUGUGACGUUCACGUGUUUGUCUCCCUUUACAGAGUGAUGUGCUUCGGUACUUUAUUCACGAGGGUAUGCGCUACAUCUGGAGUGAUCGGUCAAUGGAUUUCGUGACGGUAAGGUAAGACGACCUGUGACCGGCCGAGGUGUUUUCCGUAGAGUCCCUGUUCAGAGUCACAGAAAAUCUAAAUACAGUCUCCAUUAGAGCCAUUAAAAGGAGUAUCUGAAACCAGGCUGCCUGUCAUUGCAGCUAGGGGGAACUCUGUGGUUGGUGAAACGAGUUACGUAAUAAGAUAAGAGACCCCUGAAUGUACGAGAAACAAACCAAAUGUACCAUGUUUGGUUAAAUUCUUUAACCCUUCCCGACCGCGGAAGUAUCAGGUACGUCCGACAAAAAACGGUCCUUAAGGACCACGGUCGUAUUUGAUACAUCCGCGGCUAAUUUGAGAUCUGGAAGUAAUCAUGAUCGCUGCCAGCCGCUCUGAUGGUAUUGCAGCGAUGCCUCGUUGUCGAGGCAUCGUACAAUACCUCUCCUUACUGCUGGGCGCCGGGUGAUCGCUGCCCCUGGAGCGAUCACUUCCGGGUUACUCCAUGUGGUACCUGGCAGUUAAGCAGAGCAUCGGAAGCCAUCGGGCAGGCUUCCGAUGCUCUGCCUGGGCUGUGUGCCUCAAGGGGUCGAUGCACUCAGUGAAGAUUUAAGAAAAUAAAAAGAAAAAAAAGAAAAUAAAUGUAACUUGCGUUACUUAAAAAAAAAAAAAAUGGUUUUAACAUGGGUAUUUCUAAAAUCAGAACAAAAUGUAUAAACUAUGUAGCACUGGUGUUUUGUCGGUUGUAAAUGCGCAACAGAUUUUGGGGGUCAAAGUUGUAAAAAAAAGUGUGUUUUUUUUUUUACAUUUUUUCAUCAUAUUUUCUAAAAAAAAAAUUGUAAACUAUAUGAUAUGAAAAUGAUGGUAUCUUUAGAAAGACCAUUUAAUGGUUGAGAAAAACAAUAUAUAAUAUGUGUGGGUACAGUAAAUGAGUAAGAGGAAAAUUACAGCUAAACACAAACGCCUCAGAAAUCUAAAAACAGCGUUAGUCCUCAACGGUAAGAAAAUUGAAAAACGGUCUGGUCACUAAGGGGUUAAUGCUGUUCUGCUGUGCAUUUUGAGUAGAAAUCGUAGCAUUGAAGCAAGUGGUUCUAAUAUACAAUACAGGGAGUGCAGAAUUAUUAGGCAAGUUGUAUUUUUGAGGAUUCAUUUUAUUAUUGAACAACAACCAUGUUCUCAAUGAACCCAAAAAACUCAUUAAUAUCAAAGCUGAAUAUUUUUGGAAGUAGUUUUUAGUUUGUUUUUAGUUAUAGCUAUGUUAGGGGGAUAUCUGUGUGUGCAGGUGACUAUUACUGUGCAUAAUUAUUAGGCAACUUAACAAAAAACAAAUAUAUACCCAUUUCAAUUAUUUAUUAUUACCAGUGAAACCAAUAUAACAUCUCAACAUUCACAAAUAUACAUUUCUGACAUUCAAAAACAAAACAAAAACAAAUCAGUGACCAAUAUAGCCACCUUUCUUUGCAAGGACACUCAAAAGCCUGCCAUCCAUGGAUUCUGUCAGUGUUUUGAUCUGUUCACCAUCAACAUUGCGUGCAGCAGCAACCACAGCCUCCCAGACACUGUUCAGAGAGGUGUACUGUUUUCCCUCCUUGUAAAUCUCACAUUUGAUGAUGGACCACAGGUUCUCAAUGGGGUUCAGAUCAGGUGAACAAGGAGGCCAUGUCAUUAGAUUUUCUUCUUUUAUACCCUUUCUUGCCAGCCACGCUGUGGAGUACUUGGACGCGUGUGAUGGAGCAUUGUCCUGCAUGAAAAUCAUGUUUUUCUUGAAGGAUGCAGACUUCUUCCUGUACCACUGCUUGAAGAAGGUGUCUUCCAGGAACUGGCAGUAGGACUGGGAGUUGAGCUUGACUCCAUCCUCAACCCGAAAAGGCCCCACAAGCUCAUCUUUGAUGAAACCAGCCCAAACCAGUACUCCACCUCCACCUUGCUGGCGUCUGAGUCGGACUGGAGCUCUCUGCCCUUUACCAAUCCAGCCACGGGCCCAUCCAUCUGGCCCAUCAAGACUCACUCUCAUUUCAUCAGUCCAUAAAACCUUAGAAAAAUCAGUCUUGAGAUAUUUCUUGGCCCAGUCUUGACGUUUCAGCUUGUGUGUCUUGUUCAGUGGUGGUCGUCUUUCAGCCUUUCUUACCUUGGCCAUGUCUCUGAGUAUUGCACACCUUGUGCUUUUGGGCACUCCAGUGAUGUUGCAGCUCUGAAAUAUGGCCAAACUGGUGGCAAGUGGCAUCGUGGCAGCUGCACGCUUGACUUUUCUCAGUUCAUGGGCAGUUAUUUUGCGCCUUGGUUUUUCCACACGCUUCUUGCGACCCUGUUGACUAUUUUGAAUGAAACGCUUGAUUGUUCGAUGAUCACGCUUCAGAAGCUUUGCAAUUUUAAGAGUGCUGCAUCCCUCUGCAAGAUAUCUCACUAUUUUUGACUUUUCUGAGCCUGUCAAGUCCUUCUUUUGACCCAUUUUGCCAAAGGAAAGGAAGUUGCCUAAUAAUUAUGCACACCUGAUAUAGGGUGUUGAUGUCAUUAGACCACACCCCUUCUCAUUACAGAGAUGCACAUCACCUAAUAUGCUUAAUUGGUAGUAGGCUUUCGAGCCUAUACAGCUUGGAGUAAGACAACAUGCAUAAAGAGGAUGAUGUGGUCAAAAUACUCAUUUGCCUAAUAAUUCUGCACUCCCUGUAUGCUUGUAACAGCUUUACCUGUCAAUAUGUUCCAUUUACAUACAUUGUUCUUAUUAUAAUUUGAUGCUUGUUAAUAUGAGGGAUGUUGAGAUGUAAGAUAUAUAUUGUUCAGUAGGUGCUAAGAUGUAUAAGGCUGGGAUCACGAUGUACAUGUUAAUUGCAUCAAUCUAUUCACAGUUCGUUAACGGAUGGCUUGACCUGUGGGGAUUUGCACAGAUUCAAAUCAGGACUGAGUAUUGCAGAUCACAACUCACGGUGAGCUUCGAUUCAGACAAACUACCCACUAAAGUGUGAAUAGCAGAUUUGGGCAAUUCUUUUAAUUCUAGUUUGACUUAUUUUGCCCUUAUUUUUUAAAUAUAGCUUUAAAUUCUUGAUAAUUCACAGUGUAUUAAACAACCCUGAGAGUGUAGUCGUAUUUUGGCACUGUAGAUAUUUGAGAACUACAUCUCCCAUGAUGCCUUGCCAGCUGUCAUUUCAUUGAUAUCUGCAUUGGGAAUGUUCUCACUGAACUGUGGGUUGAUGUGCUAGGACCGCACAAUGAGCAGCCAUCACCAUUUGUAUUGAAAGGAGAUCCAAGGUGUUUAUUUUUUUAUGUAACUUCAUUGCAAUCAAGUUGCUAUAUGCGGGGAGGUCCCGACCUCUGUCUUACUUAGUCCGCUAAUAAACGCUGAUUUUCUCAGACUAUCCACUUCCUUAUUGAAGCUCCGGACAUUGCGCAGACGUGCAGGGGCCGGGCAUUGUAGACUUUGGGUUUAAACUGAUCAUUAAUAGUUUAAUCCCUUCAAGUAAGGCAGCACCUGUUACUUGCCUGCACCAUAAGAACUUCACUGUGGAAAAGUUGUUAUAGUGCCCCUAGUGUCCCUUAAAGUCAUGUGCAGAAUUUUUCAUGUUAUGAGAUCAGUCUGAGGGAAUAUCUAAUCUGUUUUCGUUAUAUCCUCUCAGGAAGCAACUUUAUGGCCCUAACGAGAUAAAUGUCCAAGUGAAAUCCUACGGGAUUCUAUUAAUUGACGAGGUAAGAUUACGGAUCCUCUUCUGUACUAUGAUAAUUCUUUAUUAUGUUUUGGUACCGUUUCUUUCCCCUUAUCUAGCGUUAAGCCUAGUGGCUUUUGUUAAUGUUCUCUUUAAGAUUCCCUCCUUUAUAUUUUGAUUAUAUGGCAAUAAAGUUUUUUAAUUUAUAUUAUAAAGUAUUUGAGGGGCCUGUCUGUGUGUAAUAUGCCAUGGGAAUAAAUAUCAUUAUAGGCCUCUUUAGCACGCUAUUGUCCCCCUGGGGGAGUAUAUUGUUCUUCUGUACAUAACCUUCAGAAGGCAUUAUAUUAAACCUCCAAAAGGUUAUUGUUUACUUGAAAUUACAAAAACUCCAAGAAACCAUACAUAUUGCUACAUUUACACGGCACAUGCAUUUAACUAGGGGUGUAAAAGUAAAGAGUAAGCCUGACGCGCGUUUCGGCGCUACAAUACUAUAAAACUUUUCAAUGCCUCAGACGAAGGCGCUAUAGAAGUGCCGAAAUGCACGUCAGGCUUACUCUUUACUUUUUAAAUUCACUGCGCCGUUAGUUAACACUAUGGAUAGUUUAUGAGGGAUUUUUGUAUAAUACCUAUGAGGGGAUUUAGUUAAGGGCUAUUUUCUAGCCAGCACGUAAGGUUCAGCUUUUCAUGAUCAGGAAUCCUUUUUUCUUGAUUUUACUAAACUUUUUCAGAUAGCGACCUUGAAGUCGAUUCAUUUUUAGUAUUUUUUAUGAAGGCUUAGCUGCUAUUUUCACCUCUAGUGACUAUUACCCCAUGAUUCCUUUCUGGUGGUGGUGGUGGUGGGGGUUAUUUAUUUUGAUUCGUUGUGGCUAGACCUCAAAAGUUUAAUAUUGCUCAGCAACUUACAAUCAGCUGGUUAACCCUUUGUGAGUAAAUAUACCUGAGGAAUUCCUCUUAGGUGGGGGGGCUAACGAUUUCAAUCUAUUGUCGUCAAACUUUGUUUUACAGUGCUUAGCAAUUUACAAUAGUUGGUUAACCCUUUGUGAACAAUGUAUUUUUCACUCGCCAUAACCACUUUAAGCAAGAGUGACUUGGAUCUAUUCAACCUUUGUCCCUCCUACCUAUAAUUAUAGAAUUCAUAAGCAGCCUUCAUUGCUACAGAACCCCUUCCAUCCCUUCAACAUUGCAGAGCUUAUUAGCUUCUGUUUUUUAUUUUGUGUGUAUUUAUAAGUUUCCUUUUUUUUUGUUGGUGGUUUUGGUUAUAUUUUUUUUAAUCAUUACCUAAUACACGGAAUUUGUAAUCAUAUUGUAUAAUAUAUGAUUUUUAUAUAGGGACUUAUUUGUGCUCUGAACUUUGUAUCCAUUGGACAUUUUUCUGUAUCUGCUAAAGCAGGGGUAGACAACCUUCGGCACUCCAGAUGUUGGGGACUACAUCCCCUAUAAUGCUCUUACACCCAUAAUGCUGACAAAGCAUCAUGGGAGGUGUAGUCCAAAACAUCUGCAGUGCUGAAGGUUGCCUGUGCUAAAGGUUGGCAAAGGAUCAUGGGCAAAAUAGUUCUUCAGCUGGUGUCUACCUCUCUGUCACUCCUGCAAUAAAUCAUCAGGAACUGAGUGUGUGUGUGUGUAUAUAUAUAUAUAAUAUAUUCAAAUGUAAACCAGCUUCAAUACAGAGAGCACAAUGUACAUUAACAACCUGAUCAUCAGUAAAUUGCUGAUAACUCCUGUGCUCCUUACUCCUUUCCAGACAGGGGAUUGCGUUUAGGGUAUUUUGGUACGGUCGCUGUUGCCAGACACAACGUGUUCUCAGCAUGACAAACCAGCAUAAACUAAGUUCAAACAAAAAAUUCUGGAAAUCAGACCAAGUAUAUACAGCUUUACCACAGCUGGAACUGGGCAUCCACGGAGUCGGAAAGCAGGCGUCCCCUCCGCUGCAGCUAUGUGAAUUGUAGUUCAGUCUCCACCCAAACAGAAACUGGGGAGAAAAAGGACACUCUGUGAAACAUGGCGCAAUUAUUGAAAAAAAUGUAUUUGUUAUUUAAAUAGCACACUCAAUAGGAUAGCACGAAUCCAAAUAUACAAAGCGGAGAGCUGCCCAACGCGUUUCAUGGUUAGCGCAGUGCUCAUUGCCAUUUCCAAUUCGAAUUGUGCUCUCUCGCCAGGUGCUGAAUCCAUUCUACAUAUUCCAGAUAUUCAGCGUCAUCCUGUGGUUUUUCGAGAAUUAUUUCUACUAUGCUGGCUGCAUCAUAGUCAUCGCUGUGGUGUCAAUCUGUAUCUCUCUGUACGAGACCAGGAAGGUACGCUAGUGUGUGUCAGGAAAAUAAUGAAAUCUUGUGAUUAUGGGAACAUUUUAAUAAUAAUAAAAUUAGAUCAAAGGUUUACCGUGAUUUAUAACUGCCUCCAGAACCCUUAACUUGCAUUGUUUCCUCUCUUAAACACUUCAGACAUAGAUAUCUUUUCGUUAUUUUGCAUUAGUUAUUUAUUUAAAUAAAUACUGGCUGCUAAUCUGGUAAAGCUGAUCCGUGUUCUGGCUAAACGGAGCCAGAUUUCUAGUGGGUAAUGGCAAUGGGUGAUCGCCCUGAACACGUGACGGCUUCAGUUUUUAUAACUGGUGCUAACCUGCUCCUCCUUCUGUCUCAACAGCAAAGUGUGACGCUACACAAUAUGGUGAAAGUGAUGGUGAGCCUGAAAGUACGACGUGCAAAUGGAGGUAAGUAUGCGCUCUGUCAGAAUUUAUAGCUUUUUAACCAUUAACGGAAAACUGUCACUGCCCCGGGAUUUACAUUAUUGAAAAAACCAUUAAAUAUUACCUAGAAAUUUUUUUACGUGAUGCUAGUUUUUAUUUUUAAUUUAUAUUAAAGUUAGUAAAUGAUGACAUCAUCCAGUUCAGAGACGCAAAGUCAAGGCGAAUGUAGGGGAGAAUUGUCUGUAGUCUGAUAUAAUAUUUGAUAGAGGUUUUUUCUCCAGUAGCCGUUCCACUCGUAACAUAGUACCCAUGACUGCUAUCCGUUUACACAGAGCCCAGGUCACUGCUUUCUGUACUGGUCUUUGUGCCGUGAUCAUUUGAACUGGUAAAAGUUACUCAGACUUGCCGCCUUAAUGACAGGAGCUUGUUCUCGCCAUCCAACUGGCUCUUUUACAGAGGAGGUUUUCUUGAGUUCUGAGGAUCUUGUUCCUGGUGAUUGUAUUAUCCUCCCUGUGGCCGGCGUGAUGCUGCCGUGUGACGCCGUCCUGCUGUCCGGAGAGUGCAUGGUCAACGAGAGCUUACUAACUGGUGAGGAGGGAGAACCAGAAGAUUAAUUUUACACAACAUUCUCACAUCUGAAUGAUCUCCAUGGUUUUAGCUUUCUUAAUUAUUAUGGUUUUGUUUCGAGGCGAGAGUGUUCCCGAAAUGAAGACUCCUUUACCUGAUAGCGUGAGCACCGCGAACACCUUGUAUUCUUCUGACGAGCACAGACGGCACACGAUUUUCUGUGGGACACAAGUCAUCCAGGCCAAAAGCUAUGUUGAGCGAGAUGUCUUGGCGGUGGUGACAAAGACAGGUAAAGUCUCUUAAAGGAACGUUUCAUGCAUAACUGACCAGCAGUGGUGCUGUAAUGGACCACACAGUGCCAGCUUUCUGCUACCAGAUUGUGCAGGUAAAUCUUCUAGUCUGAAUAUUGGUUUUAUGCCUCACAACCCGGUUUCUUUGUUGAAUUUUUGUAUAGGUUUCAGCACCAUCAAAGGCAACCUCAUCAGCUCAAUUCUUCACCCCAAACCGAUCAAGUUCAAGUUUUACAGAGAUGCCUUCUUGUUUGUCCUCGUCCUAGCCGUGUUUGGUAAGUACUUGGCACAUGCAUCACUAUAGAUUACAAAUUAAAGCGAAACACAUGCAUUAAAAUGAUACGCAAAUACAUUACAAAUAUAAAUUCAUUUCACGUGUGAAGUUAAGGAGUUUAGGAAGUGGCUAAAACCUCUCAGCCAAUUCUAGACAUCCCAUUGUUCGUAGAGGUAAUGAUGAGCAUGAAAACUAGAAUAAAACCAUGGUCUGCCUAUAAGAAGACCCCAUUCAAUACAGUUACUUGUAUGGAAGGCAUUUCUCCUUAUUGACAUCUGUUGUUGACAAGUCUUAUUACUCAGCAAUUCUCUGCUGUUAUAAACAGUAGAAUCUACUUGCACCAAGGCUGAAGCUGUACGCAUGAGUUCUGUUUGCUGGGAGUGCACCUUGUUAAUAUUGGAUUUCACGCCGAAUAUGGGGGCUUUUCAACAAGUGUAUACAACUGGAAAGCCAAACAAGAAUUUAAAUAAUGGAUGAAAUAUCUUGUUCCUAAAAAUAUAUCACAAAUUGCUCAAUAUAUCCCUGGAAAAUUAAGUCAUCAACCAGGUUCUUAAAGCAGCACUGUCAUGACUGAAACCCGACAUUAUGUAUUUAAAAAAAUUUUUUUUAACCCCCCCCCCGACUCCACUACGUCUAAUUGACCCCCUAGUCAACCCCAAAUGCCCAAAAGCCCACCAUAUUACCUCUUUUAUAAUCUUUAUUUUCUGCCCUGACCCAUAUUCUGGGCGCCACCAUCUUUGUGUGGGUAGAUGAAGUACCUGUGGGACACGUCAUCUUCCCACACUAGAUAGCGCUGUGAAAUUCCCACACAUGCCCAGUUAAACACGUUGGGAUGCGAACGUGAAUUUCAUCUAUUCAUUCAUUCGUCAGAAAGCCGAAUGAAUGAAUAGAAAUGUCAGACGAACAAACAUCAAAUAUCAGUGUUUGUUUGUUCGUUCGCUCAGUUUAUUACAAGAAGGGAGCUACCAACGCGCAGCUCCCUCCUUGUAAUACGUAAAGAUGGAAGCGGCAGGAAGCAGUGCUCCCCACCACUUCCUAAGCCCCCCAGGUCCUCCCUCACUCUAUGGGGGUCAUAUGACCCCCAUAAUAGCAUAAAGUAGAUUAAAAUCUCCCAAAUUAUGGGCCCCACCGCCCCUGAGCGGUGGGUGGAGGCCCUAAAUGAGAAUGUGGAGGGGAGGGACCUAUUGUCCUCCCCCCGACUCCCACCCUUGCAUGGCGGGUGGGGGCCCUAAAAAACAAUACGGUGGGGGGGCUUAUUUUAUAAAAUAACAAAUUUCCUGUAAAAAAAACAUAAAACUUACCAUUUGAUGUCUUCUUUUUUCUAAAAUCUUCAGCCCCAAAUAAGGCCAAAUAAAAACCAUACCCGUCGAACUUGUAAAAAAUAAAAUAAAAAAAACAGACGAAAAAGAAAAAAACCUGACGCUAAAAAAAUUAAUCCAUCUUCACCCGGCCGGGGCAUGGCGCAGACUGAGCUCCGCAGGGCGGGGCAAGGCUUUAUAAGCCUUGCCCCGCCCUGCAAUUUCGAUAAGAACACUCUGAUUGGUUGGUUUAAGCCAAUCAGAGUGCUUUGUGUCAUUUUACACAGCGUGGGACAAUUUCAAAGAACUUUCCCGCACUGUGUAAAAUGACUCAUAACACUCUGAUUGGAUGGCUUGAAAUCUAACCAGUCAGAGUGCUAGUCAUUUUACACAGCGUGGGAAAGUUCUUUGGAAAUUUCGCACGCUGUGUAAAAUUACACAAAGCACUCUGAUUGGCUUAAACCAACCAUUUAGAGUGUUCUCAGCCUAAUUGCAGGGGCGGAGGUCAGUAUGCGCCGUGCCCUCGCCGGGUGAAGAUGGAUUAAUUUUUUAGCUUGGGGUUUUAUCUUUUUUUGUCAGGUUUUUUUUUUUUUGCGCUCAGGUUUUUUAUUUUAUUUUUUACAAGUUCGACGGGUAUGAUGGUUUUUAUUUGGCCUUUUUUGGGGCUGAAAAAUGAAGAUUUUAGAAAAAAGAAGACAUCAAAUGGUAAGUUUUUUUUUUACAGGAAAUUAGUUAUUAGUCCCCCCUCACCAUUAGGGUGAGGGGAGUAGGUAGGGGGUUAUUUUUUUUUUAUUUGCGUGGGGGGAGUGACUAGUGGCUUGGGUACCCCUAGUCACCUUUGGGGGGGAUUUUCAUUUAGGGCCCCCACCCGCCGCGCAGGGGUGGGGGCCGGGGGGAGGUCAAUAGGCUCCCCCCCACAUUCUCAUUUAGGGCCCCCACCCAGGGGAGAACUUAGGGCUGGGGGGAGAACAAUAGGCCCCCCUUAUUGUUAUUUAGGGCACCCACCCGCUGCUCAGGGGUGGGGGCCAGGGGGGGAGACUAUAGGUGUUUGUCCCCCCCUUAUUGUUAUUUAGUCAGGCGUAGGAAACCUCCAUAAGACAAAAUAGUCCCUACUUUGUCUUAAGUUUUAAUGAAAACUAGAGCAGACAGGAAGAAAUGAAGAACAGUUCCUGACAGAGGGAGAGAAUAGGAAUCGAUUGGGUAAAGAUAAGUUCGAUAUAACAGUGCCGCUUUAAAUGGAAAAACAAACUUCUGUUAUUCUGUAUCUCUGUACUAUGAAUACUUGGAAAAUAUAUAUCUUACAAAAAUGUGAUGCUGAAUAACAAAAUAAUUGUGUGUAUAUGUUUGUAUAUAUGUGUGUGUAUGUGUGUAGAUAUAUAUAUCUAUCUCAAAAACCAAGAAUGUCAUGCUAGGGGAAAAAUGUGAUUGAAAACCCCUUCCACCUAAAGUCAGUGUACAGUCAAUACUUUGUUAAAACACAGAUCUGCACACCAGUCAAGUCAUAAGCCAAAGCUGUUGUGUACACAAACUCUGAGGAAUCCAUGUUUAAAUUGGAAUGAGCCAAAAAUGUAAUUCUUUGUUGAACUAAUUUGCAUACGCCCACCCAGAAUCCCUUGCAGUACUAACAACACUGCAAAUUGGAGAAAAGCAAAUCUUAUGGCUUGACUGGUAUAUAUAUAGCGAGAGAGAGAGAGCAAUUCAGAACUCAAGCUGUCAAUCAAUGUUUGUGGCUAGAAUAGUUCAUACAGUAUUAUGAGAGGAAGGGAGAUGGUAGGAGAGCAGUGCGGUGUGCGGCAGAUGUGAGGUUUGAAGGACGGCUGCUCUGUGUUUGUAGAUAACAGUCUUUGUUUCACACAUGUUGCUGAAUGAGUGAAUCCCCCAGGCUUGUGUUUAUUUCCAGAGAAAAGUGCACUGUGAUCUUGGCAGUCAUUCUAAUCACAGUAAUUCAUCACAAAAACACAGCCCUGCCUCCCGUCCACGUUACAGAGGUCUGAAACGCAAGUUAACCAUUUACGUGGCCUAGGCAUGUUGGCCCUCACCAGCCAGAAAUACAGGCUCUUCCAGACUGCCAACUAUGUAUCUUUCUUUUGCCAAUCUUUAUUUAAGAAUUGUUUCUAUCAAGUGACAAACCGAUACAUGAAACGCAUCCUACGCCAGGGAGACAAAGAGAGCAGAGAUACGUCAACAAACAGGGCUGGCCCUGUAUCUGGACUGAAUAUAAACCGUUUGACAAGUUCUGGUUUUAUUCCCACGAGGGGGGAAGUAUUUACCCAUUGCACACUUCCUGAGAUAAUUUACUCAAACUAUAGGGGGAACAUACAGCUAAAAUAAUUUUUGUUUCACAUUAAAGACACAAACUUGGCCAAUUUCAAAUCUGUUCCCAGUAUGUCGAAAUGUUUACCUCUGUCUCGGAACAUCACAGACCCUUUGAUGUUGUUUUGUGUUAUAUAUACGGUAAAGCAUGUUGUCUCCCCACAUCUCAUAUUUUUUAUUCUUUAACCAAUUCUUCUCCUUUUCAGCAUUCUUUGGAACCAUUUACAGCCUCGUAAUGCUGAUCAGAAAUAAGGUAAGUGCUCCAAUAAAAAUUGUUCUGCAAAGUAUUGUCCCCAGUAUUGAUUAAGUAAUAAUACAAGUAGUGAUAACUGACUCCUCAGCCCAGUGUAGCCCUUUUAGCUGUGCGUUCUACGUAGCCAUGUUUUCCAUUGUGUCACCUUGUAACGUGACUCUUGGUCCCUUUUUACACAAUGUGUAUCUGCAGCUUCCUGUCUAUCAGUUAGUGAUUCGUGUUCUCGAUGUGAUCACCAUCGUCGUCCCUCCGGCAUUGCCAGCUGCCAUGACUGUGGGUACAAUCUAUGCUCAGGGCCGUCUGAAAAAGAAAGGGAUCUUCUGUAUUAGUCCCCCACGUAUCAAUGUGUGUGGGAAGGUCAAGAUGGUCUGUUUUGACAAGGUAUGAUCAAUGUGUAUAUUUAGUGCUAUGUUCUAUGUAGACAGUGCUGUGUGUUCUUCAGAUUAAAUCAAACUGACAUAAAAUAAAGUCCAAGUAGUCAGUGAGAUAACUCAGUGGAUAGGACUCUAGCGGUGGUAUUGUACAGUCAAUGGUUAGAUUUUAGAUAAAGUUAACAACAUCUAGGCCCAGGUCGGACAUGGAAACUAGCAACAAAUUAAACGUACAUUCCUUGGUCACAUACUUUGAUAUUAUGAUUAUGUGUUUGUAACGUGUCUCGUGUUUAGUCUUGGAACUCUUACAGUCCGUUCAUGUUCUGCUCCUAGACAGGCACUCUGACCGAAGAAGGGCUUGAUGUUUGGGGAGUCAUUCCCCUGGAUAAUGUCAAUUUCCUGCCCAUUGUUCAUGAACCUCGAUACCUGUUGGAUGGGCCUCUGCUCUAUGCCCUCGCUGCCUGCCACUCGGUGACCCUACUAAAUGGAAGUCCCAUCGGUGAUCUCAUGGACGUAAAGAUGAUGGACUCAACAGGUUGGGUAAGUUAGAAGUAGCCGGCAAAACUAUGUAACAAGGCUGUUACUGCUUUUGUGGUAUAAGUUUGCGGAAUGUUUUGGUGAAAUUGAAAUUCCUUAAAUUCAAAGUAAAUUUAAAAUUUUAGGCCAAAAUUUUGUACUCUUGACAAUUCCCACUUAAAACUGAAAAGUAUAUGUUCAUUAGAUUUAGCCAGCUGUUCUGUGGGAAUGUCCAUGCUUGCCUAGUUGCCGUCCUGUCCGAACACAUUUGCUGGUCUUCACAUUCGCUACUACGUACACGGCUGCUCAGUGGUUUCUUAUGGGAUAUACUUUCCACAUGCUGUGGUAGUUACUUUCAUGAAAAUACAUGAAUGAAACUACUGUGCAUAAAAGAAUGGUUGAAACAUUGUUUUCAUAAAUAAAGCCAGCAAAGGGUGCCUAUGAAUUAAAGCUCAAGCUCUCUAUUAGAAAUCUGAGUGCAAAUGUAAGGUUAAUAGGGAUAAAUGGCCUACCCAUUGACAUUAUUGAACAGAGGGUGUUUUAAAGCUACAGAGAUGAUUGCAAUGCGUGUAGACAUGGAUAGAGAACAUACAACAUGAGUUUGGUAUAGAGCAUGGGUGUUUAUGGUGAGUUAUUGGUAAACCUUGUCAUGAAUAAAGUUUAUUAUUUUUGAGGGGUGCGGGAUACAUGAAGAUGAUCCAGAUAUUUUAUGUCCUUUUUGUGUGUAUUUUAGACCCUGGAAGACAGUGAAACAGAGGAGCAAUUGAUUUCAAUUUUUGGAACAAAGAUUUUAACCAUGAUCAAGCCACCCCCUGGUGAAGAACAGCCCCAUGGACCGGUGAGUGUCAGCUCUGUGGGUCCCUCCUUGACGAGUGCAGGCAGUGCUAUGGAACAGCCCUUACUCUUCAGUUUCAGAUAAAACCUCACACUUAACAUUCAAAUACCAAAAAACUUACUUGUCACUUUUCAAUUAACAGAGGAGCGAGAUGUAAGAGAUGGAGCCUGCAAAGUAACAGAUUGGUAUUAACGGUCGUUAAUCGCUUUAUGGUUUGUUUCCGUGGCUUACACUGCUUGUCUGGAAUUCAAAGGAAAUUUCACAUUUCUUGCACCCAUGCAGAGGGUGGAGACACUGAAUGUCAGUCACACUGUGCAGCACUGCCCCAGGAAGCACCUCUAACAGCCAUCUGAGGAGUGGCUAGUGGAGGUAUCCAUAGGCUGUAAUGUAAACACUGCAUUUUUUCUGAAAAGACAGUGUUUACUGCAAAAAGCUUGAAGGGAAUGAUUAAGCUCACCAGAACAAAUUCAAUAAGCUGUAGUUGUUCUGGUGACUAUAGUGUCCCUUUAAAAAAAAAUCCCAACGGUAGUAAUUAAUCCGACAAAGUUAUCUCCAGCUAUCUCUAUGAACUAACUGGGAUAUUAAAUCGACUUAACACAAAGUAGGAAUUCUAAAAAUGAAAAACAAGCUUGUAUUGACAUACUGAGCUAUUUGUCCCCCAGAAACACCAGGUGCCGGUGGGUGUUUUGCAGCGUUUCCCCUUCUCCUCCUCGCUGCAGCGAAUGAGCGUCAUUACCAAACUACCAGGAAGCUUGCACUGUGAUCUGUACUUAAAGGGAGCCCCAGAGAUGGUUGCCAGCCUGUGCAGGAACGAGACCGGUGAGUCUGGCUUCUCAGAGCUUUCGCUGUAAGUGAGAGAGGUUCUGAGACUCUAUAUAGAACAAACUGAGAGAGGGCUGGGUAUUCUAAACUCAGAGUGUGUGUUCAAUGGGAAAAUAACAUGUUAGAUCUAUAGGGUCCAUUUAUACAGUGUUCUAACAGGGGUAAUAACCUGCCCCGAGUGUUAUAACAGGGGUAAUUACCUGCCCCCAGUGUUAUAACCAGGGUAAUAACCUGCCCCAAGUGUUAUAACCGGGGUAAUAACCUGCCCUGAGUGUUAUAACAGGGGUAAUAACCUGCCCUGAGUGUUACAACAAGGGUAAUAACCUGCCCUGAGUGUUAUAACAGGGGUAAUUACCUGCCCCGAGUGUUAUAACAGGGGUAAUUACCUGCCCCGAAUGUUAUAACAGGGGUAAUAACUUGCCCGAGUGUUAUAACCAGGGUAAUAACCUGCCCCAAGUGUUAUAACCAGGGUAAUAACCUGCCCCAAGUGUUAUAACAGGGGUAAUAACCUGCCCUGAGUGUUAUAACAAGGGGCAAGUUAUUAACCAACUUGCCAGGGUAAUAACACUCAGGGCAAGUUAUUACCCCUGUUAUAACCUGCUAGAUGUAGAAGUUAGUUUUCUGUUUCUAUGUGUAGCGAGUGUUGCAGGGGGCAUAAUAUUCUGUCCUAUGUCUUGGUAACGCUCUAUGUUGCGGUAACACCCUGUAUGGUAUGUGUGCACAGUGCCCCCGGAUUUCUCUGCCAUGCUACGCCAGUAUACCCAGGAUGGGUACCGUGUUCUUGCAUUUGGAUAUAAAACGCUCCCUUCAAUCAACUCGUUUGAAGACGCUCAGGCGAUGGCGCGGUGAGUAUCUUUUUUUUUUGCUGUUUGUUAAAUUUUUUUAUAUUUUUUUUUUAUGUAACAUUCCUGUAAUUUCAGAAAGCAUUUGUUACCAGUGUCAUUGCUGGGUCAGGGGUUAAAAUAUCAGAGAUAAUUCCUGUACUCUCGUCCCUGCAUUUGUUAAUAUUUUUUUUGUAGCAGAGGAGAAUAUUUCCAAUUUAGCACUUUCCCCCCCGAUUUGCAGUUCAGUUUGCAAUGCACUAUAAUCCAGUGUUUAGUGAAUAAGCCCCAAUUCCUUUGUGAUGUCCCUGCAGGGAGUCUGCCGAACGUGAGCUCACUUUUUUGGGAUUUCUUGUGAUGAAAAAUGUUUUAAAACCGGAGACUGCUCCCGUUAUCUACGAACUGCGCAAAGCCGAGAUCCGAACUGUCAUGGUGACCGGUAAGUCAUAAAGUCGGGUAAUGAGAAAUGAAGCCAAGUAUUUCAGGCAGUGGUUGUUACUCUACGUAUUCUGUCUCUUUCUUUGGCAGGUGAUAACAUGCUGACCGCUGUAAAUGUUGCCAAGAGCUGCCACAUGGUGGAGUCUACUGAGAAAGUGUACUUUGUGAAUGUUUCUCCUCCUUUGUACAGUAGUGCAGCCACACUGAAAUUCAUCCCAUCGGAGUUGUCGCCAGGGGAGGACCCCCGAGAGGUAAACCGUAUACUUCUUCCCGUUAACUAAAAUCCAUGUUUCCAUUGUCUCUAACGUUACAUUCCAUUAAACAAUGUGGAAAUAGUAAGGAAAAGGCACAAUGUGGAUUCCGGUAGGAUGUAGCUGGAUUGAAUUGGCUGAUCUGGGAAUGUCAGAGCUCAUAUUAACGAUUAACUCUUUCAGUGCAGUUACUCGAGAUGUGAAGAAAGAUUAGGUCAGAGAGGUUCCAUACAAGGGGGUCAAUUUAGGGAAAGGGAUAAUUAUUUCCUCUCCCUGCAUGUAGUUUAAUUUAAUGUUCUGUUUUUGUUUUUUUUAGGGAUUGUACCAGCAAGGAGGGACCUUCCUCAACAAGGAGCCCUUUUGCUUUGCCAUUAAUGGAAAGUCUUUUGCCGCGUUGACGGAUUACUUUCCAGAUUUACUGCCCAAAGUAAGUGCAUCGUUUAGGGGCUCGGGUCAGCCAUUUAAUCUGCAUUGUAUUUUGGGGUGGGAUUUGCUGAUAUUAUCUAGAUUGGCAACGUCUGGUUUGCUUCAUUUAAAUGUGAGAAUAUUUAGCGACCAGUCCUGGAGAUGGCUUUGUGGAUGUCAUUUUAUUUGGAGCAGAUAAAUAAAUUGCCAAAUACUAGGAGAGACAAGUAAAUGGUCAGCUUGUAUUCAACAUAGACUUGUAUAUAGCUGGCGGUUUAAUAAAGGAAACAAUGCAAGGUUUGUGGGAUGAAUGAGGAGCGAUACAGAAAAUACUAAUUCUUUAAGAGGGUAGUAUGUUAAUGGAAUUGCCGCCCAGCCGCAGUAAUCAGAGAAUGAGAUAAUGAAUUAAAUAACUAUAUGAACAUUUCUGCCUUAGAGCAGGAACAUAUACCUGUAUCAAUAACUGUUGCCGUUUGCGUUGUUUAGAUCCUUAUCAAUGCCACCAUAUUUGCCAGAAUGUCACCUGACCAGAAAACGCAGCUGGUGCGCAACUUCCAGGAGCUGAAGUGAGUGUUUCUCAAUAAAUGGGGUGUUCGUUUAUAAUGGGCGGAAUAGCAGGUUUGAGAGUACUUGCAGUAGAUUAUUAGAACUUUUUCCUGUAAGAAGAUUUAGAUUGUAAAUGGAAUGAUAUCACAGACUGUUUGUUUCAGGACUACUGGUAGACAUAGAGGUAGAUGCAGGGACCCAGAAGAACAGAUUCUGAUUGGUUAGAGUGAAGGUAGGUCGUGACACAUUACUGGUCUCCUAGAAAUUCUCAUGACUUAGUUCUGCUUCUUGUUAAUGAGAUGGGUGGAACCUGUAAGGUCAGAGUUGGUAGUGCAGCCCCUAACCUGAAACCUCUUUCCAUCACUAAUCAAGUUCUGUACUGACCAUUCUAAACAGUUACUGCGUAGGAAUGUGUGGGGACGGAGCGAAUGACUGCGGGGCACUUAAAGCAGCAGAUGUGGGGAUCUCGCUCUCUGAUGCGGAAGCUUCUGUCGCGUCUCCCUUUACCUCCAAACUCUCUAACAUUGAGUGUGUGCCAGCUGUCAUCCGGUGAGUAUGCAUGGGCAGUGGAGCUGCCUAAACAGGGCAGUGCCUCAUUUUGUGAUCAUCAUUAACCAUUCCCAGUCCACAACAGUGGCAGUGCCUUGCUGCACCCAGCAAAAUAUCACCUUUUGUAAUUGGAAACAAAACGGUCAUAGAUCAUGCCUAAAAUAGGCCAAACGUAUUUUUUUUUUUUUUUUUAUUGAAUAUAAUUUUACUUGUAUUUAGUUCUGCGAAUAUUGCUUUAGUAAUAGAUUAUAAUAACAAGUUCUGUAAUGGUCUUAUGGGAUCUUUCCCUAUAACGGAGUAUUUCUGGAAUUGUAGGGAAGGACGCUGCUCUCUCGAGACGUCAUUUGGAGUGUUCAAAUACAUGGCAUUAUACAGCCUCACUCAGUUUAUAACCGUGCUGGUCCUAUACACCGUGAGUACACUCUGUCUGUGUCUGUGUGUAACGUUCUAUCUGUUAACAUUAAAAUUGGGCUCUCUGAGAGUUCUGUGUUUAAUACUAUAUCACAUUGAGGUUUGUGUGUGUGAAAGGCUGUGAGUGUGCCCAGCUUCAUGACAAUAAAACAUUUUGUAUGUAAAUCUUGUGCCUGAGUGAGGAUUAAUAAGAGUGAGUGCAGACUGUUGUAAUAUUCUUCCCAACAGGUGAGCACUAAUCUUGGUGACUUCCAGUUCCUGUUCAUCGACCUGGUGAUCGCUACAUCUGUGGCCAUCCUAAUGGGCAGAACUGGUCCUGCCGAUGAGUUGGGGAUUAAACGCCCACUAGGAACCCUAAUUAGUAUCCCCGUGCUGGGGAGUCUCAUCCUGCAGAUCCUGCUAAUCUGGAUCGCCAUCCUUCUGUCUGUCUUUAUUACCCAAUCACAGACCUGGUAAGUUAAACCAAACCGGAUCAGGUCAGUCGCUGGGGCCAAGUGCUAUGACCCAUCAUUAGUAAAGUUCAGGUCAGUCGCUGGGGCCAAGUGCUAUGACCCAUCAUUAGUAAAGAUCAGGUCAGUCGCUAGACGAAGUGCUAUGACCCAUCAUUAGUAAAGAUCAGGUCAGUCACUGGGGCCAAGUGCUAUGACCCAUCAUUAGUAAAGAUCAGGUCAGUCGCUGGGGCCAAGUGCUAUGACCCAUCACUAGUAUGGAUCAGGUCAGUCGCUAGACGAAGUGCUAUGACCCAUCAUUAGUACGGAUCAGGUCAGUCGCUGGGGCCAAGUGCUAUGACCCAUCAUUAGUAAAGAUCAGGUCAGUCGCUGGGGCCAAGUGCUAUGACCCAUCAUUAGUAAGGAUCAGGUCAGUCGCUGGGGCCAAGUGCUAUGACCCAUCAUUAGUACGGAUCAGGUCAGUUGCUAGACGAAGUGCUAUGACCCAUCAUUAGUAAAGAUCAGGUCAGUCGCUGGGGCCAAGUGCUAUGACCCAUCACUAGUACGGAUCAGGUCAAUCGCUGGUUCCAAGUGCUAUGACCUAUCAUUAGUAAAAAUCAGGUCAGUCACUAGACGAAGUGCUAUGACCCAUCAUUAGUAAAGAUCAGGUCAGUCGCUGGGUCCAAGUGCUAUGACCCAUCACUAGUACGGAUCAGGUCAGUCGCUGGGGCCAAGUGCUAUGACCCAUCAUUAGUAAAGAUCAGGUCAGUCGCUGGGGCCAAGUGCUAGGACCCAUCAUUAGUACGGAUGAGGUCAGUCGCUGGGGCCAAGUGCUAUGACCCAUCAUUAGUACGGAUCAGGUCAGUCGCUGGGGCCAAGUGCUAUGACCCAUCAUUAGUAAAGAUCAGGUCAGUCGCUGGUUCCAAGUGCUAUGACCCAUCAUUAGUAAAGAUCAGGUCAGUCGCUGGGGCCAAGUGCUAUGACCAAUCAUUAGUACGGAUCAGGUCAGUCGCUGGGGCCAAGUGCUAUGACCCAUCACUAGUACGGAUCAGGUCAUUCACUAGACGAAGUGCUAUGACCCAUCAUUAGUAAAGAACAGGUCAGUCGCUGGGGCCAAGUGCUAUGACCCAUCAUUAGUACGGAUCAGGUCAGUCGCUGGGGCCAAGUGCUAUGACCCAUCACUAGUACGGAUCACGUAAGCCACUGGGGCCGAGUCUAAAAGACUAACCUAGUCCGGUACAGACAUACAUUUAAAGUAGGAAAGAAACCUAAAAACACAUUUACAUUAAAUCCAUGUUGCUUUCCCUAUUUAUUCAAGCUGUUUUGUUUAAUUGUUACCACCUGAUUAUUUUUAUUGCAGGUUUGUGCCGAUAAAUGCCACCAGCACAGCUCCGCAGCACCUGCCAAACUAUGAGGAUACCACUCUAUUCUGCUUGUCCAUAUUCCAGUAUCUGAUCCUGGCCGUCAUUCUGUCUAAGGGAUACCCCUUCCGAAAGCCACUUUACACCAAUAGUAAGCUGUCACUCUGUGUAUCCCACUCACAUCCUCCAGAGAGAAUCGCUGAUACAUUAUCUCUCCAACACACCGCUUUUAUACCAACACCACCAGUAAACCAUGCCAGGAGGCUUUUACUUUGCCAGUGCCUCUGUCUAUAACCUUGGAGUCUAUUCAAGGAAUAAUUUACGAGAGCAGGUUUAGACGCUUUUGGUUGGCUCAUAAUUCACUUCACAUUUCUCUUUAUUCACUAUCCACAAUAAACAAAGCACCAUAAACCCAGUGGCUCAUCGUUGUUUUUGAACGGAUCUCAUUGCUGUAGUGAGAUUUAUUUAAAAAUAGCUCCAGCUGCGUUAAAACUAAAAGGUUAAGCUAAGUUUCGCUCACAUGAAUUUUGCUGAAAUGACCAAAUUUACCCUUUGUGAAUAACUAAAGGGUAAAUUUGUGACAUCAAGGGUUGGGUUAGAAUUGUGACAUCAAGCAGCAUCCAGCUAUUUGGUAAAUGUAACAUUACGUCAUUGUGUUUCUGUGCAGUUCUGUUCCUGCUCCUACUAUUCGUCUUGCUCGCGCUGGCUUUCUGGAUAAACCUCUAUCCCCUGAAUUUCAUGAUAUACUUGCUGCAGUUGAAGAACAUUCCCGACUUUAACUUCAAGUUUGUGAUCAUUGGACUGGCGGCCGUGAACUUCAUAGCUGCCUUCCUUGUAGAGGUGAGUCUGUCAUGGUGUUGGCAUUAUCGUUCAGAUCGUAGGAUCAGCAAGGCAUUUAGGAAUACUAAUAUUUUAUCAUAUCAGGGCUGUUAAAUGGGGAGUUUAUAGAAAAUGAGCAAUUCCUGUGUCAAUUCUCCCCAAAGUUAGUAUCCCCCAUGAGAGCUGGAGGAUUUGGGGAUAAAUAUUUAAUGAUCUCCUUGUUCAUUUUCAUCAGUUCUGUUUUUUUAAAUAAACCUGUUUAUUUUCUAUCAUUAGCGUUUAAUAUCACAUUUGCACAUUUCCUUGGUUAGAACUCCACGGCAAACGCUUUCCUCUCCAGAGGCUUAUUCAGUGUUCGGUCAUGAUUUGAAGCACUCCCCCUCUAUUUAGAAAUGUUAAAAGAUCAGAUGAAAUCCGCUUUAUAUGGUUCUUGCCUUUGACAAAAUUGCACAGAUCUUAUUAAUUAUGUAUAGCGCUUAUCUGAGCUUCCAAUUAGCCUCAAACCACCAAAAGUACACCGUUGCACUGAACAUACCCCUCCAGUUUCCCCUACCUGGUUGUCUAACCCCAGGGUCGCCCCCACGCCCGCCCUCAGCACUGAAAUCCACACACGUUGUAGUAUGGGGGAACAGUAUUAGCGAGCACUGGUUCAGACCUGUUCAGGGCCUGUUCCAGUGCACAUUAAGCCUUAGACACACAGUGACACAGAAAACUGAUCCAGAUCCAGUAAGGGGGAGCUCUGCCAAAACGUACAACAAUAAGACAGGCGUGCCAAGACUCGACACAGAGAAUAGUUUAAUCCUUUCAUACUUUCACUCUCACAGAGUCUGUGAUAUUACCCAGUAUAUUCCUGACCUGGUUCAUGGCUGGGUACAUGUUUCUGUCUUGGCCUAAACUUGUGUAAGAUGCAGAAGAGGUCAUGUUGCGGUAGGUAGCAAAACUUCCCUCUGAACCACUGGCAGGGGACGUUACUGAGCUGUCAAUUUAAAUGGAUUAUAGAGAACAUGCAGACUGUGAAAUUUAACAAUACUCAGCGUUUCACCUGUCCAGGACCCAUACAAUAAAUAAUAUUAUCUCCUGAAUCCCAGGAUGUGCAUGACAUACAGUGACGGCUAAAUGGAUCUUUCCUGAGUAAAUAUUCUGGUGUCCUCCUGAUUAACAGCAGCAUUAAACAACGCAAGUAAAAUUUACAGAAAUCAGUUGAUUGUAUACAGUCAAAAUUAGUAAUAUAGCUAAUAAAAAGCAAUUUAAAUAUUCACUCGCACUAUUUUAAUCUUCAAGUUGAGAAUGAAAUAGAGACAACCAUAGUGUUAGUUUUUUGUUUUUACUUGACCUAUUAAAUUUUAAAUAAAACUUAAAUAGAUUGUAAAAUGGAGUUUAUAUCUGACUAGAUGUCAGAUUUAAAUGCAGCAUUGACUUCAGUAUGAGCUGAGUAGAAUGGAAAAGGCUUAAUGCAGAGAUGGUUUGGGGACUGGGCCUAAGGAGGAGUAGAGAUAGAUACAGUUAUUUCAAGAUCCUCUGUGAGAAUGGUGUCUUUUUUCUAUCAAACCUGUGUCUUAUCUGCACCAUGUCGCUUUAACCCCUGUAUCACAACUCAACUUUGAAUUCUAUGUGUCGUCUUGCUCAGAAAUGCUUCAGACUUGAGAAAGGGAGGUUCUCCCAAAAGCUUGUUAUUAAAAAAUUCUGUUAGUCCAAUAAAAAAGGUAUUACAAUAUACGAAUUGUAUCUUUUUUUACAUCUACACCACAGGACUAAUACGGCUGCAAUCUCUACUUGAACAUUUAUUUCAAGGAAUUUACUGCUAGGAGCAGCAAGCAGGGGGAGGAGUGGGAGGUCACAAUAAACAGUGGUGGUGUACAAUAUAGAAUUUUGCCAAAUCCUAUCAGCCAGAUUAUUAAUAACUACAUGUGACUGCAAGUACAAAAUAUUACAGUACUACACUAUAGAUAACCAUAACAGCACUAUAGCGGUAUUAUAAUAAAGUAAUAAUCUAGUGACAAAGGUUAAAGAAUUCCGGUGCAGGAUCUUCUGUACCUUAACCUUAACGUUGUUCAAUUGAAGAGGCUUGAUGCAGAGAUGGUGUGGGGAUUGGGCCUUCAGUUAGGACACAAAAAAGGCAGCAGAUCUGAGAGAUUUAAUACAUUUCUUUAAAAGAAAGGCUGCUAUACACAUCAUUGGCCUUUACUGGGGCUGCUAUACACAUCAUUGGCCUUUACUAGGGCUGUUAUACACAUCAUUGGCCUUUACUGGGGCUGCUAUACACAUCAUUGGCCUUUACUAGGGCUGCUAUACACAUCAUUGGCCUUUACUGGGGCUGCUAUACACAUCAUUGGCCUUUACUGGGGCUGCUAUACACAUCAUUGGCCUUUACUGGGGCUGCUAUACACAUCAUUGGCCUUUACUAGGACCAGGGCUCCAGUCCUGCAGGAACGCGUGGGAACUGCUUUUCUGCACUUUUUUCACAGCAGGAACACCUUUCCCGUUGCUCCUGCAGGCACUCAGGGGGUGGCAAAAAAUACAGCCCCCAAAUGCCCCCCCUGUUUUCCCUGUUAUGGGGGGACCCAAGAGGUGGCCUAAAGACCACCUGAUGGACCCCCCCGGCGGGCGCCUGUCUCCCUGUCAGAGGUGGCGAGGGAGGUGUGUUCUCCCAACUCUGCUCCCUCGUACGCUGUUUGCUGAUGCCGGGAGCCGGAAUAUGACGUCAUAUUCCAGCUCCCGGCAUCAGUAGACAGCCUGCGAGGGAGCAGAGAGAACACAGCUCCCUUGCCGCGUCUCACAGGGAGACAGGCGCCCGCCACACUGAAGCCCCACAGGACCCCAGGGACAGGUCCACGCCAGCUCUCCAGGUAGGGAGGCUGGGUGGACAUUUUUAAAUUUAAAAAAAUAAUAAUUUGUGUUUCUGUGAGUGUAUGUGUGUGUCUGUCUGUGAGUGUGUCUGAGUAUGUGUGUGUGUGUGUGCGUUUAUAUAUGCCUACGAUAUUGUAUAUUAUUUUUUUGGUGGGGGGGUGGAUCUUGGGUGAGUUCCCACACUUUAUUCCCCAGGACUUGACCUCUGUUAACCACUUAAGGACCAAACUUCUGGAAUAAAAGGGAAUCUUGACAUGUCACACAUUAAAUAUACAUCGUUGGCCUUUACUAGAGCUGUUAAAUGUAUAUCUUUGGCCUUUACCAGGGCUGUUAUAUACAUCCCUAAUUCUUACUAGGGCAUAACCGCAAUGUUAUCUUUAGUACCUCUCUUGCUGACCGCCACAAAUGUUUCUCCUAGAGAGGAUUUAAUUAGCGCAGCACGGCCAUGUAUGUGCACUAGCCCCUAAUGCUUUCCAAUGGGGAAGGUGGAGAAGGACAACAGGGAGGCCAGAGCUGUGAUUGAGUAAAGUUAACCCACGUUUUCAUGUUUUCCUGUUAACAUUGUUUUAUUUCUUUCGAACUCUGUGCUCAACUCCUUCUCCUCCCAUCUUCCAGACCGCCCUGGACCACGGAUGCCUAAACUGCCUGCGGCGCCUACGAAAGAAAAAAGAGUCAAAGAAAUUGUAUAAAAGAUUAGAGAAAUACCUUCGUGGCCAGCAUUCGUGGCCUCCUCUAAACCAGACAUUGUACCCCAGCUCUAGUCAUGCUGCUCUGAAAAGGUAGCAGAACCCACACUGUCACAAGUCUGCAAUCUAUGCAAACGAAGAUUAGGUCACAAUGCCACGUUUUCCCAGCAUCCUUCUAACUCUGCUCUUUUCUCUGGACCCAAAUGGAGUAUAGUUUAACGCCGGGAGCAGAGCUUUAUCACGUAGCCAAAGUUUCCAAACAAAAUGUAUUUAUUUUUGUAGAUUUUUAAAAGACAAGGAAAUCCUUGGAACCACUGUUUGCGAAGGAGUGAAGCCAAAGUCUGCUGAAUGGGAGAUCAUGUCUUUAUUUAAACUACUGUUCAUGCAGCGCCAAAUGUGAAAUGAUCGUGUCUCUGUAACACUGGUAAUAAAUACAGUGUUUCUAUCCACAAGGAUCCACUAAAUGGGAAAAUAUUUCCUGUAACACUGGAAUUGUUUACGGUGUUGAGAAGAUAAUUGAAGGAUAAAGGGUUUUGGGAUUUUUUUAUUUUUUUUUUGCGUUGGAAGCCUGUAAAUGUUGACAUCUCUCAUAGAAUCAAUUGUUCUGUUUAAGACCAUUAUAAAUCAUGUUUUACUUGUUAAUUCCCCUGCAGACAGUGGAUCCCGCAAGCACCAGUCAGGGAUAUUCGCUAUACGGUGAAAUGACUAUGAAUAAUGCCACUUUCUAGAUUGCAAAAAGUCUCAAGUCCUGCUGUCUCUGAAAUUCUGCUUUUUGUUGGCUUCAUAUUUAUUAUUCCCUUGAACCAAAUAACCCUUAAACAUUACUCCUGCUGCACUGAUGCACUUUUAUCUCCAAAAAAAUGAGAUCUUACAUGUGUUAUUUGUCAGUGAAGAGAGUCUGUCAUUGCAUUUUUAAUGAGACUGUACCCAGUAUACCUGUCUGCGUCUUUCGACCAAUCCACAAUGGAGAGAAAACGUUGUGUAACUUAAAAUACAAAGUGUUUUCUCCAAAUUAUUCGAGUCGCUAAAAUCUUGACUUUUGAUUCUAUAGAAACAUUAAAUGUUAUUAAAUAAAGAAAUGUAUUGUUUAUUUAAUAUGCUUACUGAGCUGUUUAUAUUGUGGGCCACAUUGUUUACAAUUAGAGUGCGUUAUUAUUUAUUGGGAAGGUUUAUAUAUACAGUAGUUUUCUAAUAUUCUUUUUAAAGGUGGUAAACUCUUAUAAUAUUAGUUUUUGACCCUUAUUGGUGCAAGUAGAGGUUUUAAAUUCUCUCUAGACAUACACCCGGGAAAUGUAUGAUGUUCUACGGCAGAGGACUGAGUGACCAAUGGGAGAUGAGCUAAGCAGUUAUUCAGUCUCUGAUUGGACAUUAGCUGUCCUGCCAGUCUGUCUAACCUCCUGUAAGUACUUACCUGAUAUCACAUGUAGUUCCCAUUCCUCUAGUAAGCCCCAUUUUAAAACCUAAAGGAAUUUUGUCUUUUUCUGUUUUAUUGCUAUCAUUCCUCCAUGACCUUUUGCACAGAUUGUUAAUUUUUCUUUACAAAUCACCAGCAUGUUCUGCAGCUAAAACACAGUAAGUUAUGACACUGAAGAAUUUAAAGGACCACUAUGGUGUUAAUAGGUCCCCCCCACCCUUAUGGCCCCCUUCCCGCCGGGCUCUAAAGAAAGGAAGGGGUUAAAGGCUUACCUUUCUCCAGCGCUGGGCUCCCUCGGCGCUGGGGACUCUCCUCCCUCUUCUGCCGAAUGCGCAUGGAUUCGGCCAGUCCAUUCAGCCAGGAAAUAAUGCUUUCCUAUAGACGCUGGUGUCUUCUCACUGUGAAAAUCAUAGUGAGAAGCGCAGAAGCGCCUCUAGCGGCUGCCAAUGAGACAGCCACUAGAGGCUGGAUUAACCCAUAUGUAAACAUAGCAGUUUCUCUGAAACUGCUAUGUUUAUAGCAGGCAGGGUUAACCCUAGAUGGACCUGGCACCCAGACCACUUCAUUGAGCUGAAGUGGUCUGGGUGCCUAUAGUGGUCCUUUAAGCCAGUGGGUAAAGAGUCGACUCAACCCCCUAGGUAAAGCGGUUUCAUCUAUAAUAAAUAUAUAUUUAAAGGAUCACUAUAGUGUCAGGAAAAUAAACUCGUCAGGGUCCCACUCCCACUGGGCUGAAGGGAUUAAAACCCCUGUUGGCGCUAUAUAAAUGGCGAUAAUAAUAAUAAUAACAGCAAAAACAACAUUUCUAGAAAAACUAGUUUUUAGUGUCAUGCAUAGAUGUAAUACCAUGGUGCUCCAGUAGGGGCAAGCACUGCUGUGGUCAGGUAGAGUGCAUGCUCAUGUUUGUACUUUUGUGGUAUUUAGGUCUACAGUGAAUACAGAAUGCACGCUUCUAACUGCCUUACACGUGGUCUGACUACCUUACACAUGGUCUAACUACCUUACACGUGGCCUGAGGCCUUACACGUGGUCUAACUACCUUACACGUGGUCUAACUACCUUACACGUGGUCUAACUACCUUACACAUGGUCUGACUACCUUACACGUGGUCUGACUACCUUACACGUGGUCUGACUACCUUACACGUGGUUUGAGGCCUUACAUUGACACCCUUAAGCCAUCCCUGACGAGCUAGUAUUUUUAUUUCAGAGUUUUAGGCUUUUUCUGGUCUCUAUAUAUGGCCUCAGUCUAUAUAGUUAAUCACCAAAUGAUAAAACAAUGUCACUCAUAAAUGAUCUGUAAAACAAUCCAAGUUUGGUUUGAUCUAACUCUCCACCAUGUCUCGAUUGUGGUACGGCCCAAGCUUUGUGUGCCGCAUUAUUCUCAGGAGUACAGAAUUUAACCAUCACUGCUUUAGUGAGUGCAGUCUAACUGACCACACUCCCUAUCCCAGUUUUGCAGACGGGGGUAGGUGGCAGAGAAAUCUACCGCGCCACGCAACAAUCUAAUUCUCUGUCACUCUGCAUCUCUCCAUAACAUCGUUCCACUCUGCAACUGUUCUACCAGAGAGACUUCCACAUCUUCUAUUUACUUGUAUACUUAUUUUUUAAACCUUUCCCCGUAUUGCUUUAGCCUCCAAAUAUUAAUAUAUUAUUGAUGGCUUAUAGAUUAAUAUUUGAUAUACUGCCCCUCUAUUUUUAUAAAGUUAGGCUGUUUUAGGUCCGUGAGACUAAAUACUGAUAAAAUCUAAGACUAAUUAAACAAAUCCCAUAGCUCACUAACAAGGCACAGAUAUUCAAUAUAUGUAUGAAACGAUGUCUUGCCAAGUCAGACUGUCAAUGAAUUAGGCAUGAUACAACCAGUGUUAUUCAUGGAAAUGUUAUUUUGACCAAAAUAGCCAAACUGAAAAAUUAUCUUAAUUUUGUUUCUGAUAGUUUCUUCAAAUCCCCACUGGGGGGCAUCACUGAUCAGGGGUUCCCAUAAAGCAAGCAAUAGAUUGCACAUUUCGGGGGUGGGGGGGGGAAUCUUCUCUGCAGAAUGCAGCUUUGUGAAUAACUCAGGGUUUUUGUUUGUGAAUGUUCAGUCUGCGUGAUAACUGGAUUUGUCUAUCAGCUGUUUGUACCCUUGAUUUUACAUAUAGAUAAUGUGAAUAAUCAGAAGAUAUUUCAUCCUUGUAGGAUGCUCGAUCGGUCAUAGACAUUGUCUAUGUGACAUCACUUUUCCUGUACAUGUAAACAGAUUCUAACUAUAGACGUUUCUAACUUACCUGAAUUGUUACACCAUGUGCCUGAGACACUAACUUGAAAUUUAAUAAAAAAUUAAUCGUUUCAACCAUCUGACACAUCUG